GAAUGCGUUUACAGGUACAUUUGAACCCUUUAACUAGGUUUAAUUUUAAGAAUCAAUUGGGGGUUAACUAAAGGGGGGUUAACUAAAUGGUCAAACACUAUAGCAGUAGGAAUACAUGUUUUUAUUCUAAUUACAUAGUGUUCCUUUAAAUUUAAAAUUAAUUUUGAAUUCCCAGCAAUGCUCUCUUCAGCGAAUAACCCGAUGGGUGUAGGUUACUUGCUUGAGCUUAUCUUCAUGCAAGCUGCUUCAUCACUGAAGUUCCAGCAGGUGACAGCAGAGUACUUUGUAAUAUGAUGUUAACACUAUUACCAUUAUCUGUUACACACUGCUGCCAAGUGCAGGUACAUGCUCUCCAGUGAGGUAGGAGAAAAACAGUCAAGCUAAACUUCCAGUGGGGUGAAUGGCAAAGAGGUCAGGCCACUUAUUACGAAAGCUGGUUUGCAAGAUCCUCAGAUCUCCUAGCUUGCCUUCAACCUGUGAUCAUUGAAGCUGACACACCAAAUCUCUAUGGUAGUCCUUCUAGCCACAAACCCACAAAAACAUUAACCAACUCAAAAUAACUAUGAUUUUGAGGAGACAUUUAUAUCUGAUGAAGGAUUUUUUUUUUUUUUAUGAGCAGAACAUAAAGUAAAGGAAGGAUAGCUCAUUAUGUACUGUAGCAAGUAUAAAAACAAGCAUAAAUGUGUGUAGAUAUAUAGGCUCACUUCUACCUGUACAGCAUGCACAUAAUUAAAAAAACUUGUUCAGCCUGGCAGUAUAGCUUCCCCCUAUGACAUCACUGAAUAGAGAGCAAGAGAAUACUGAGAACGGACAACAGCUCACGUAGCCUGCCCUUCGGUGGGUCCCCACUCAGAUCUCAAGCUGGCUCUAGGUCAUUACAAAAUGAACCAGGACAAUUUCAAUAACAAACUAAUCCCACCCAAAAGAGCAGUUCGUAUCCUCUCUGCAGGAGAGAUACAGUAACCCCAGACAAUCGUUUCGAGGUGAUGCUGAUACCCCUCUAGGUACCAUGAGUAAGGGUUCUAACUAAUCCAAUGCUUUGCCAUAAGAGAUCAUUGAGAGGCUAUCGUGCAUGCGUGACAAAACGGCACGCUGUACCAAUCAGCAUCUCCUCAUAGAGAUACACUGCAUCAAUGCACCUCUACAGGGUUGGUGCGUCCAUAAGGCGGCACACCUGUGAGGUGCUAGAUCAGAGUGACCGGCAGGAGGUGGGCACACAGCAAUUCGUCCUAGCAGUCACUCUAUGUAGCCUGGCCGAGCGGAGCAGCGCGCACCGCGGUACAGGAACGUAUGUGUCCUGUACCCGACUGGACUGAAAGGUAGUACUCAUUGAAGUUCCUGCACCGCGGUCUGCUCCGCUCAGCCACGCUACAAUAAAGGUAGGAGACUUAUCAGAGACCAAGGGGGGGAGACAGAGUGGCACUAAGGGAUGGGGGUGGGGUGGUGAGGAACACUAUGGGACGGGGGUGGAUGGAAGAACACUAUGGGACAGGGGAGGGGGGAAAGAACACUAUGGGACAGAGAAGGGGAGAAAACACUAUGGGACAGGGGGAGGGGGAGAGAACACUAUGGGACAGGGGGAGAGAACACUAUGGGACAGGGGAAAGAACACUAUGGGACAGGGAGGAAAGAACACUAUGGGACAGGGGAGGAGAACACACAGGGGGAGAGAACACUAUGGACAGGGGAACACUAUGGGACAGGGGAGAGAACACUAUGGGACAGGGAAAGAACACAGGGAACACUAUGGGACGGGGGAGAACACUAUGGGACAGGGGAGAGAACACUAUGGGACAGGGGAGAGAACACUAUGGGACAGGGGAGAACACUAUGGGACGGGGGAGAAGACACAAUGGGACAGGGGAAACACAGGGGAGAGAACACAAUGGGACAGGGAGGGGAAAGAACACUAUGGGACAGGGGAGGAAAGAUCACUAUGGGACAGGAAGGGAAAGAACACUAUGGGACAGGGAGGGGAAAGAAGACUAUGGGAGGGAAGAAGAAGACUAUGGGACAGGGGAGGGAGAAGACUAUGGGACGGGGAAAAGACUAUGGACGGGAAAGAAACACUAUGGGACAGGGAAAGAACACUAUGGGACAGGGGAAAGAACACUAUGGGACGGGGGAAAGAACACUAUGGGACGGGGGAAAGAACACUAUGGGACGGGGGAAAGAACACUAUGGGAUGGGGAAAGAACACUGUGGGAUGGGGAAAGAACACUGUGGGAUGUGGGGAAAGAACACUGUGGGAUGUGGGGAAAGAACACUAUAAGACUGGGGGAAAGAACACUAUGGGACAGGGGAAAGGGAGAGAACACUAUGGGACAGGGGAAAGGGAGAGAACACUAUGGGACAGGGGAAAGGGAGAGAACACUAUGGGACAGGGGAAAGGGAGAGAACACUAUGGGACAGGGGGAAGAACCCUAUUGUCAGGAUUACUGUAGAUGCCCAACACGCAGAACUUAAGUAAAAAAUAAGAAAACACCUAAGACAUAUUACCGGGCCUUAGAAUGGCCGGAUUUAACGUAUAAAGGCAAUCAACCACAAGACAGGGUAAAGACAAGACGUAGAAAUAACAUAAACGAUUAACAAGCCACGGGUCAAGGAAUGGAGAAAUCAGAAUAGUCAGGAGCCAAGCCAAAGGUCAAGGAAUACAGAGAUCGGAAAAGUCAGAAGGCAAGCCAAGGUCAAAUACACAAGAAUCAAUACAAGGAAUGCGGUCUCAUAUAACCAAUAUGGAAACCACGACAGGGCACAGAGAAAUGGACAAAACAGGCUCAUAUAGUCUAAAGUUCUUCCUGAUUGGCUGCAGGGAAGCAUGUGAUCAUGGGCGUGUAUGUGAAACACGUUCAUGAAAUUUACUGAACUUACCCUUUAAGGGUUAAACAUGGAAACCCUUAUAUGCUUAUCAGUUGCAGCGGCUGGCGUCUCUAAUGUUUAGAGAGCCAACCACUGUGAGAAGAGGAGGAGCCACCACAAGGGGUGAGUGAUGGGCAGCAUUCCCCUUAGUGUGUGGGAAUGCCACCGGACCGAGAUGUGCCCGCCGUGUAUGAGCGGACCCGAUGGGCGGAGACCUGAAAGGUAGGAGAUCGACGGCAUUCCCCUUAGUGUGUGGGAAUGCAGCCACAACGAUGCGCGCCUGCUGGGACCCACGUCGCUCUCUGACAGGAGCGGUCCUGGCGGACGGCGUGACAACUAUGGGACAGGGCGGGGGGAAAGAACACUAUGGAUCGGAGGGGGAAGGAACACUAUGGGAGGGAAGGGGGAGGAACACUAUGGGACGGAGGGGGGAGAAACACUAUGGGACGGAGGAGAGAGGAACACAGAGGGCCUCUAUGGGGAGAAAACACACAUAUGGGCCUGGGGUGAGAAAGUUCACAGAGGGGCUGGGGAUAAAAGUGCCACACAGAAGGGCCUGGAAAUACAAAGGGGCUGGAGAAGAGAAAAAAGAGACACAGAGGGGCUGGGGGGAAAUAGACGGGCUGGUUGUGAAAGAGAAACACAAGGGGGGGGGGGGUUGUAAGACAUACACAAGGGAGGUGUAAGACACACAAUGGGGAAAAAUAGGGGAUAAGGUACACUAAAGGGGAUACCUUAUUUAAAAAAGGGGAUAAGAAACACAGGUCAAGAUGCUUUUGGAUGGUUGGGGGGGAAACCAAAAUCAUCUUUGCUUGUGUACCCAAAAAUCCUUGCACUGGCCCUCCACCUCUAUGAGGGAUGUUCACCACCAGGCAGAGCAUUUACUUGUGUGUGCUGCUGUGGCUUUAUAUGUGAUUUAUUUGUUGACCACUGGCGGGAGUGGUGUUCCACUGAUUUGCAUCAUAUAUCUCCUUAUAUUAGUCUGGUUGUUUUUUAUUUGGGUGAACCCUCAUACUAACAGAUGAACCUAAUACUCUCCUCUGAUUUACUUAAGUUUAACUUCUUUGUCUGCAUCUCAUAACAGUCGUAGCUGUGGCACUCCAGUACUUGACUGUACUACUCUUACUCAGCACGCAACCUGUCAUAGAAAAUGUAAUUCACAGAAGAAGCUAGAACGCAAAGCUUAGCUAAGCACAAACUGCAUGAGCAUUCCAUGUAAACAAAUUAGAAUCAUGUGACGUCACUAACAGGCUGUGCACCUCUACCCGGAAGUACAGCCUUCCAUCCAGGCAGCAGACGGAACCCGGAAGUGCUCUGCGUGAUCCUGAGGUAACCACGGCAACCGGAGCCGGUAACGGGAUGUUCCGGGCAGUAGGACCUGUAAAUAAAGUUCAAAUCAGCGAUAGACCAUAAAUCUUCCUCCAGUAUGUUGUUGAUCCCAGCAAACUAGUAUGUAGCUUAACUGCAUCGUUAUUACAUGUAAUGUCAUCAUGGAACCUGCACUAUUAGCUAGAUUUAUUAUAAUAGUCACAUUUCAGUAGCUUCUCAAAUAUUCACAAGGGUCCAUACAUCUAAUUUUUUUUAUUUUUUUUUAUCGUGGCAACAUGCUCAAAGGAGCUGAUCAUCACCCCUUGGAAAUUACUACUUUACCUGGUUUUAUUAUGGUUUUAUUAGAGCUGUGCAAUAAACAUUUUGCAUAACUAUCCCUAGAAAAAGGAAAGCUACAGUAUCAUUAAACACACACACACACACACACUCUUACAUGUGUAAAUAAAAGCUGUAAAAUAUAUAUAUUUUUUUUUUUUUAAUUCUUUAUUUGUAGGUUUUUCUCCUUGAAAGUAGGAGGGAGGGGAGUGGGGUACAGAAAAUAAAAGGAGGGGUGGGUGGGGGUGGUUCAAGACAUAAUAGUACUUUCAAAUUUAAUGUCGGUACCAACGCAGGGUACUGUUGCAUAUUGAAACUAGCUUACAUUCGUAUCAACAUUGUAUCGUCAUUGAACGCUUGUUUAAGUUCUCUGCCGUUUCUGCGUUCUUAAGGGAUGGGUUUUGUCGCUCGUCGACUCUUUGAGUCCUGUCUCGGUAUGUGUGGGUGCAGCCUUGUCCGAGUCGAGGAGUGGUUUAGGAUAAGGGUUGUGGGAUAGGGCGGUGUGGGCAUGUGGGGGAGGAUUCGCGGUCCGCGAGCCACCCCGCGUGCGGGCCCCUCUUGGGGGUCCUAGGUUGGUGUUUGGGGCUAUGUGGUUGGGUGAGGGUUGUACUUGUUUGAAGGUGUGUGAUAUCCUCGAUUGGGGGGUCCCUGUGCUAGGGGGGCGGUUAGUGUCCUAUCGUGUUACCACGGAAUGGUCGUGUCUCCCUCCAGCCAUGGGUCCCAUAUUUUGUGGAACUUUUUGGGCGAGUCAUUUAAUUGUGCUGUGAGCCUAUCCAUUUGCAUGCCAUCUAUUAUUUUCUUGUUGAUUGUUUCUUGUGUCGGUAUGCGGUUUGUUGACCAAACUUCUGCUAUGGCUCUACGUGUUGCAAGGGCUAUGCGGGCGGAUAGCUUAUUUUCAGCUCUAGUGUAUUGGUCUAUUGGCUUGGAGAGUAGGAGCAUCCAAGGGUCUAAGGGACAAGGUUUGUCUAUUAGUUUGGAGAUUAGGCGUGUGGUGUCUUGCCAAAGUGGUUGGAGUUUUGGGCACGUCCACCAACAGUGGAGGAACGUUCCCGUUUCUCCGCAUUGUUUCCAGCAGGUAUUGGCUGGUAUUUGGUGCAUGAUGGCCAGGCGUUGGGGGGUGAGGUACCAAUGGAAUAGCAUUUUGUAGGCUUGCUCAGUGUGCGUGACACAUAUGGAGAUGGAGGCCGUGGCUUCCCAGAUGUCUGACCAAUCUGUUGUUUCAUCUGGGGGUCCGAGGUCUGCCUCCCAUGCUGCUAUGUAUGGGAGAGACUGUUGUGUGUGGUGGGUCGCCAAGGUUGCAUAUAUGUCGGAGAUUUGUCCCUGUCUGUUGGGGUGCGCAAUGCAGUCUCUUUCAAAUCGAUUGAGUUGAGCCGUGCCUGCUUGCUUUAUGAUUGGAGUCGCUGCAAAGCUGCGCAAUUGUAUGAAUCUAAAGUGAUCGAAUGAUGUGAGUGAGGGUGAGUCUUUGAUAUCUGAAAAUUUUAUAAUGUCGUCGUCUUGGUAUAAAUGCCCUAGACGGGAGAUGUCCCUGUGUUCAAAGUGGGCGAAGUGCUUGGGGGUAAGUCCUGGUGGGAACAGCUUGUUCCUCCAUAUGGGGGUCAUAGGAGAUAGGAACGAUGACAGUUCAAAUUUGUCCCUCGUUUUGUCCCAUGUGUCAAGUGCAUGGGUGAUUGAGGGUGCGGUGGGAGGGGGUAGGGGUCUAUGUGGUUUGGGUACCCACAUGUACAGGGACGGGUGGUCCCGACCGAAGAUGUUGUGUUCCAAGUCCACCCAUCUUUUUUCCCCUGGUGGAACGUGCCAUUGUUGUAUCUGCGUUAGGUGUGCUGCCGUGUGGUAGUGUGUGAAGUGUGGUAGUCCUAGUCCCCCAUGCUUCUUGGGUACGUAUAGUGUGUUUCGGCGCACUCUGGGUUUGUGUCCAUUCCAUAUAAAUGUGUCUAUAGCUGACUGCAGUGCCUUGAAGUCUUGUUUAUUGAUCGGUAUGGGUAGGGUUUGGUAGAGGUAUAGGAAUCUGGGAAGUAGAUUCAUUUUAAUUGUGGCGAUGCGCCCCAGCCACGAGACUCCUAAGGGUCUCCAUUUGAUGAGGUCUGAGUGGGCCUUUCGUAGCAGGGGAGUGUAGUUUGUUUCGUAUAGGGUGGUGACGUCUGAUGGGAGAUGGAUCCCGAGGUAUGUCAUCGUUGUGUGGCAGAUCCUCAUUGGGCAUGUUUGUUUGAUUAUGGCUAAGCUUGGGGGGUCUAUUUGUAUCGGGAGGAGUUCCGAUUUAGUCAGGUUGAUCUUGUACCCCGACAAGUCGGAGUAUUCUUGGAUGAUGUUUAGGAGGGAGUUUAUGGAUCUUUCUGGUCUUGUUAGGGUUAGCAAGAUGUCAUCUGCAUAGGCAGAAAUUUUGAAGGUUUCCCCUCUAAUCGUUAACCCCUCUAUCUCCUGGCUGCUGCGCACCGCUUGUAGUAAAGGUUCCAGUGAAAUGGCAAAAAGCAGGGGGGACAAAGGACAUCCCUGUCUCGUGCCGUUUGAGAUGGGGAAUCGUGGUGGGGGGAUGUUGGGUAGUAGGAGUGCGCCCUGAGGGGCGUGAUAAAUGGCUUGUAGGAAUGAGGUGAAUUUGGAUGGCAUCCCUAUGUGUGUUAGUGUGUGAUGAAGGAACGGCCAGAGCAGGCGAUCAAACGCUUUUUCCGCGUCUAGAGAGAUGAUCGCCGUCGGGAUCUUUCUAUGGUUGGCCAGCCAGAUGAGGUCUAUGGCUCUCCGGGUGUUGUCUGCUGCCUGUCUGUGUGGUAUGAAUCCCACUUGAUCUGGAUGUAUGAGGGACUGUAGAUAUGGGUUUAGUCGGUUAGCCAUAAUUUUGGUCAUGAUUUUAAGGUCCACAUUGAGGAGGGAGAUUGGCCUGUAGUGUGCGGGUUCCGUGUGGUCUUUUCCCGGUUUGGGGAGGAGGCAGAUGUUCGCCCCAGUCAUUUCUGGUGGGAGGUUCUCCCCCUUGAGUGCUGCGUUAAAGACCUUGCAUAGGUGCGUGAGGAGCAGUGGGCCAAACUCCUUAUAGUAUAGGGCUGUGUAACCAUCCGGCCCUGGACUUUUGUUUGGUUUGAGGGGUCCCACUGCCAACGCCAUUUCUUCUAUCGUGACCUCUUGGCUUAGUGUCGCUUGGGCCUCUUGGGUGAGGGUGGGCAGUGUUGCGUCUUUUAGAAAUGUUUCUAUGCGUGCGGGCAAUGUUGGCCUGGUGUCUUGGGGUCGGUGGUCAUGGUUAUAAAGGUCUGUGUAAUAGUCCUGGAAGAUUUUGCCUAUGCUAUCUGGACAGUCAGUCAUAGUGCCAGUGUUUGUGCGUAUUAAUGUAAUUCGUUUGGCCUCGGUGCGUUUUUUGAGUCUGCGUGCGAGCAUGGUGUCGGCUUUGUUUCCCUUUUCGUAAUAUUUUUGUUUGAGCCACAUCAGAGCUUUGGUUGUGUCUGCUUGGGUGAGGGUUUUAAGGAGGUUUCUAGCUGUGGUAAGGUUGGCCAGGGUGGUCGGGUUGGGAUCCUUUUUGUGAUCUGUCUCUAGACGACGGAGUUCCGUCAUUGUCUCAAGUAUUUGUCGUUGAGCCUGUUUUUUUUUGUGAGAGGCUAGGUUGAUGAAUGUGCCUCUGAUUACUGCUUUAUGAGCAGCCCAUAGGGUCAUGGGAGAGGUGGUUGUGGGCGAGUUUAGUUCAAAGUAGUCUUUGAUUGCCGUGGUUAUCUUGUCUUUGAUCAGUUUAUCGUGAAGGAGUAUUGGGUUCAGUCGCCAUGACCAAUGUGUGUGAAUGGUUGGUAGGUGUAGAGUGAUUGCUAUUUCGGCAUGAUCGGACCAAGAGAUUGGUCCGAUCUCUGACUUGGUGAUUUGGGGUACCAAGUUUGGGGAGAUGAGGAAAUGGUCGAUGCGCGAGUAAGUUCCGUGUGUGUGGGAGUAGAAGGUGUAAUCUUUGGUGGUAGGGUGUUGUGCCCUCCAGAUGUCUACCAGUUUUUGUGAGGCUAGAAAUUGGGCGAAGAGGAUAUCAUUUUGGUAUGGGCGCGUUCGCGUGGACGUGAGUGAAGUCCUGUCUAUGGCAGGGGUGUGGGCUGCAUUACAGUCCCCACCCACUAUGAGUCGUGUGGUUGAGUAAAUGUUGAGGUGGGUUGUUAGCUGUUGCCAGAAGGAAGUAUCUGGUGUUGUGGGUGCGUAUAUCGAGGAGAAGGCGUAUUGUAUUGUGCCUAUUUUUCCCUUUAUGGUGACAUAUCUGCCCUGUGGGUCUUUAGAGCAGGUAAUGUCUGUGAGGGGGCUAUUUGCUCUCAGGAGGAUAGCUACGCCUUUAGUUUUGGUGGAUGGGGAAGGAGCAUGAAAGCUUUGUGUGUAGUAUCUAUUUGUGAGUGGGAACGUGCGAUGGGUUGUGAAGUGGGUUUCUUGUAUGAGGAGUACGUCGGCUUGUUGUUUGUGUGCCCAGCGGAGGAUGCUGUGUCUUUUGUUGGGGGAGUUAAGUCCUUUGGCGUUGAUAGAGAUGCAGCGUAUGGACGUUGGCAUGGUGCCUGUGGCGGUGUGGUGUUCCGUUCGGGUGCGCGGUGUUGGGAUAGCAGGGGUUGCGCGUCUGAGUGGCCGCGGACCACGAGGGGGGGAGGUUGGGUAAGGGGAGUAGGGAAGCGGGAGGUUAUUUGGGGGUGAGGGGGGGAGGUGUGCUGCUGGGCUUAUCCAAGGGCCAGCAGGUAUUGGGGCGAAGCGUCCGACCGCUCCGUGGGUUUUCCCUGAGAGUUUGGGUGGAUUUGUGUCAGGGGUUGGCGACUGUCCAGUCUGAGUCGUCCUAAGGCAGUUUUCAGUGGGUAUCUGAGUUUCUACGCCUGCUAUGGGUGGUCAUCGUCUUGUUGUUGAUGUUUCUGUGGGAUAUGUUCGUUAUGUAUUGUGUCGUGUGGUGGUAAGGUCGUACCUUGUGGUCUCGUGAGUCAGUAGUCUGGCUGUCUGGUAGGUCCCCAUGCAGUUUAGUGGUGAGGGAGGUUUCGUCAUCGUCCGGUCUUGAGUUGUCGGUAGGGCGCUGUUUGCCGAGUGUGACUUCUGUGAGCCUAUGUAACUGGGUGUAUCCUGUAGCUGAAAACCAAACCUCAUCAUUUGUACAUUUUGUAACAUAUUAGUUGAACUUCAACCUGAACCUAGUCACAUUUAUACCUUCAACUGUGGGGUCUUCUCUUUGGGGGUUCUUGGGCCUUCGUUUAGAGUGUCCCUCUGUGGUGCUUUGAGUGGUUCCCUGGGUAGAGGGCCUACAGGGGGGAUAGUAGUUUGUCUUAGUGGAGCUAUAGUCCCCCGGCGCCUUCUAGGCCCAACCUGUCUGUUAGUAGGAUGUGCGGUGUUCCCAUCCCUAAACUGGCCUGUCAGUGUUAUCGAGGAGCCCCCUGCAUGCGUUGUUCCCCAGGGGGGGCGUGCGCAGCAUUACGCUUGUCCGGGCCCGUUCAUUUCCUAGGGUAUGCUGUUUGUACAAUGUCCCAGUGUGGCCAGUGGGAAUGUCAUCUGACCUGUGGGCUAGGGGUGGGAGCUUGACUACUCGACCCUGGCGCAGGUGGUUCAGGGGCUCUAUGAGGGCCAGGUGUCUUAUUGUAGGGUCAGGUGGGUGAGCGCGUGGCUCGGGGGGGCCCCAGUAGGUCUUGGUUAUGUCCCUGGACCUUGUCCGUGGUUGGGUGGGCUCCACACUUAUUGCCUGGGGCUGGGGGGGGUAUGUCGGUUGUAACUUAGGUCAGGCCUGUCCCCUUGUUAUUAGCCAUGGUAGCUAGGUUUGGGGUGGUCCUUGGGGUUUGCAGUGCGGUGCCAUCCCCCGUGUGUAGUAGCUUACACCGAAUGAUGUACUAGUACCCGCCGUCUGUAUUAUGUGCUCUAUCAUGUCAAGCUAGGAGUGUUAAACAGCUAAGCAUAGUACAUAUAUAUAUAUACAUAAAUAUAAAUAUAAAUAUAACAUUUAAGUUAAGGAAGUGGUGCGUUAAGCAGAUCUUAUCUGGAGUUUGGUGUCAUCAGCGGUUGUAUCGGUAGUAAGUCCAGCAUUAGGAUGUGGAGAGGUCUGUGGUCGUUGGUACCAGUUGUAGUCGGAUCGAUGAGUCUGGGUGAGUAGUGAGCUGCUGCAUGGGUAGUCAGAGUUCUUUUUGUGGGCAGUCCGUAUUGGGUCUUUCGUCGACCUUCUGUUGGCUUGUAGGGUGGUGGGUGGUCAUCUUGUCGUUCAGUUUUCGGCCCUGGGGCGCGGGCUAUUGGGUAUCUGGCGUGCCCCGGUAGGCGGUGGUGCAUUCCUGGGUGGAGGACCUCUUUCGCUUCUUCUGGGAUUUGGGUCAGCGGUGAGGGUUGUAGGGUCAAGGCCGAGGCUCUCAGCGAAGUCGUGCAUUUCAGCUGUGUUGUGUAAGAUGUAAGUACGGUUGUUCUUCCUUACUUGCAGCUUGAAUGGGUGCCCCCAUGAGUAGCGGAUGUGUUGCCUUGCGAGUUCUUGGGUGAGGGGCCGUAGUUCCCUUCUCUUUCUUAAGGUGCUCGGGGCUAGGUCUUGGUAGAAGGAGACUUGGUGUCCUUCUAGUUGUAGUGGUGUGUUUCGGGCUGCUUGCAUGAGUGCUUCCUUGAUAUGGAAGUAGUGCACUCUGAUAAUGACGUCCCUGGGUUGGGUGGCAUUGGGCAGGGGUGUUCGCAGGGCCCUGUGUGCUCUGUCCAGCAGGAGUUCCGCCGGUGAGGCUUCUGGGAGUAGGCCGCAAAAGAGCUCCCGCAGUGUUGGGCCUAGCGUAUCCAUGUCGACCGUUUCAGGCACCCCGCGUAUCCUAAUAUUAUUGCGGCGUGACCGAUUGUUAAGGUCCUCCUGAGCCUCUUCCAGUUGGCGGACCUGGUCUUGGAGAGAGGCUAUGGCGUUUUCAUUUACCGUGGUGCGUGUGGUUGUACGGUCAAGCUGUUCCUCUAUGGCCGUGGUUCUGUGUGUCAGAUCAAUUAGGCCCUCUUUGAUGGGUGUGAGGUGUUUGUCGAAUUCCACCUUCAUAUUAGCUUUAAUUUCUUGUAGUAGGUGGUGGAGGUCGUCUUUUGUUAGUGGAGUAGAGGUGGUCGCUCGGCUUGUGUCGCUGGCUGCUGAGUCUGAAUCAUAGCCGCGGCCAUCUUCUGAGCGCAUGGCGCCGCCAUCUUUGCGGCUCCGAAAAAUCGGCGCUACCUCCGCGCCUUGCUUUGAUUUUCGUCCGCCUCCCAUUGUAGUUCAGGUGAGUACCGUGGGGAGCAGCUGGGGUGACCAAGUGGGGGUGGAUUGAGCGGUUACGGGCGCUGUUGUUAGCCGGCUCUGUGCCUCUGUGGACGGAGCUCCCUCAGAAAGCCGCCAUUCGCGCCGGAAGUCAGGCGCCGCCAAAAAAAUAUAUAUAUUUUAAAUAACUUUGUAGCCUGGCAUAAACAAUACUGUUUUGACACGUUAGAGUUUGUUUUAGCAGAAAUUAAGUUCUUGAUGUUUAAUAAAAUGUUUUAGCUACAGUUCUGCUUAUUUGCUUUUUGAUUGGGUUAUCAUGCUAUAUUUAGUUGCCCCCUGCUAGCUGUAACAUCCAUAUCAUGUUCAUCAGGUCAUUGACUGGCCAGAACAAAUUGUUUACUGAGACUACACUGCCUUCAAAUGGGGGGGAGGGGGCUUGCCUAUCACAAAUACUGCUAAAGGCCUCAUUUUCUCACUCUUUGCUAUAAUUACUGGUUGGGGUAUUUCUGAGGAAGCUAGGGGCACUAAAGUACUGGUUUAACUUCCACUGGUAUUUUGACUCAGAAUGCUGAUAUCAAGGAUCUGUUUGUUGAGUAAAAUGAGGUGUUACCCUCAAAAACAUCUCACUGGUAUUAGUAGUACUGUACUGUUUAGUUUUUUUGUUUUUUAAGUGUUGUAUGUAAAGUUGAAAACACCAACUUGAUAAAUGUAAUGAACAUUGAGAUCAAUAAUAGAGCUAUUUAUUUUUUUUUUCUAUGCUAUUUUGACACACAUUUUUCAGAUUUUCUUGUUUGGAAAGUUACAAAAACAAAAUAACCUUCAAGACAAAUCUCCUGCGAAGUGAGCAAAGGAAAAAAAAAUGUUCACUGCUUUGCCUUUCUGUCUUUUCAUUUGACCUGUAUGUUUAUUCUCAUGUACUGAAAACCUUGUACACGGGACAUGAAUACAAUUUUAUUUCCCUAAAAUAUAUUUUAUGUUCACAACAUUUAUCUAAUUUUUUAUUUGAUACUGUGUUUUCAGCAACCCAAAAUAAUGCACAAUUUGGACUAUAUUCACACAAAAGUUGCAUCCAUAGACUGUUGAUAUCUAAAGUAUUUUAGGAUUAUCCAAAAGAGAAGCUGUUACAUUUGUCAUUGUUAAUAACAUUUGUUUAGGGCUGUAUAACAGUUAUUACAUUGGUUUUAUUUUUCCUUUAUUUUAGAGAUUGUAGAUUAAUCACUGCAAGUGCUUAACAACAUGGGUGCUGAUCAGAGUUCAGAAUCUGAUAUUCGGCAUGGUGGUGAUGGCUCUUCAGGUAAAUGCAUAUUACAUUCACUUGCAAAUUUAAGACCAAAAAAAGAACCCUUACAAUGUCAAAUACCCAGCUCCUAAUGUAAAUUUUAAAACAAGAAGCUGUAGUAUUGUUUACUGAUCUAAAAUUGAAUCAGACACACCAGGUCAAUUUAUAAUUUUUAAAUAUAUUUGAAGAGUUUUUACAUUAAACAUAUGAAGAAAACUCUCACUUUCUCCAUUUAAAGGAACACUCCCAGCAUCGCAUCCACUACAGCCUGCUGUUGUGGUUAUACUGCCAGGAAUACCAUGUAGUGUAAUUUGUCAAACUGUAGUUAAAGAAAACAUUGGAAGCUAAUUGUAUCAAAGAGAAAUCGUAGGGCAGUGAAGGGGUUAACCCUAAUUGAGAAAUGUAGACAAUAACAGAAAUACACUGUCCUAAGCUAAAGAUAGAUCAUAAAACAACUUUUAAAAGUCGUUGAUAAUAAAAGACACACACAUAAACUAAAACCUGUAAACAAAAAAAUAAUGCGAGGGAACGUGAGUAAAAUAAUAAAGUCAGUAAUCACAUAUAGAAACCUAUAUAUUUAGGAUACACUUGCAAUGAGUAUAGGUUUAUAUGCUCUUGAAAGAUCCCAGGCUAAAUUAUCUCUGUGAAUAGGAUACUGUUGCAAUUUGAUGUCUGAAUUGUUAUUACAAAUAAAGUGCACAAUAAAGUCCGUAUCCAAAGCAGAGAAAAAAUAGCAACAAUCAGAGGGUUGUAAACGGUAAAUAUCGCCUAAACAGCUGUUUAUUGAAUCCUAAUAACUGGUGCAGCAAUGCAUACAAAAUCUAGAUUGUAGAGAGAUAAAUCUAAUAGUGCUACUUAAAUAGAAGGUGAUGAAAAGAAAUACUGACUUAAAUGAUGAAUGUAAGAGCAAGGAGAGACUAGUCAGAAGUAGAAAGAUAAACUCUGUGCCUUCGAGGGCAUCUAUCAAAUUAAAUGACUGGUCUAACUUCCUUGCAGAUAAAAAAAUUUAAAAAAAAGGAUUACCUGUCCAUAGCUCCUGAUAUCCAUAAAUUCUUGUUUGUAAAGUGGAACGCAUAUGUGUCCCUGUAAUAACUGGAAUCGGAUAUGCCAAGCCAAUAUCCCACCCCAAACUGCAGGAUAGGAGAUACUGCCGAUCGAGCAGCCAGCCGCGCAGGCGCAUACCUUAUUCUGUAAAAGUGCAAACAGCGUGUGGAAUGCACUAUGCGUUCCUCCCCCGAGUGGAACAAAGAUGACGGAUACAUCAUCCGCCGUAUGUGCUAGUAGUGCUCGGGACGCAUACCUCAUUACGUGAGGAUGUGAACAGUGUAUGGAAUGCACAAUGGUUACAGGUUUGUCUGCACAAGCGAUCUUCAGGGAUUGUAGGAGCUAAUACAGACUUUGUAAUUCUGAGGAGAACACAUUGUUUUUUUACCUUUAUGUAAUAAAUAUGUCCUAGAAUGGUUUUGGCUGCUGGGGAGUUCUUCUAUGCAGGGUAGUUCUUCUAUCACAAAGGGUUGGUCCUGCCUAAGCUGGAGAGUUGUGAGUGGCACUCUACCUUUGUGAGUGAGAGUCCAUUUUUCAGCUAUGUUUUAAAAUAUUACAGUAUUGCAUAUUUGUCUUGCUUUUCUAUUAAUAGGUGAUCAGGGUCUGCCCAAUUAAUUUAUAAGCAUGUAUAUAAAGUGCACUCUUGUGCACCACAUAUGGUUGUUUGUACAGAUAUGCACUUAAGUACAUUUUGCACCAGUUUUUUACCUAAUUAUUUUUUGUAUUUAUGAAUAAUUAAAGGACCACUAUAGUGCCAGGAAAACAUACUCGUUUUCCUGGCACUAUAGUGCCCUGAGGGUACCCCCUCCCGCCGGGCUCUAGGUGGUGGAAGGGGUUAAACUUACCUCUUUCUCCAGCGCCGGGCAGGGGACUCGCCUCCUCCAUAGCGAUGUCAUCGGCUGAAUGCGCGGCAGGUGCCGCGCGUGCAUUCAGCCAGUCCAUAGGAAAGCAUUCUCAAAAUUCACAGUGAGAAGCAUGGAAGCGCCUCUAGCGGCUGUCAAUGAGACAGCCACUAGAGGCUGGAUUAACCCUAAUGUGAAAAUAGCAGUUUCUCUGAAACUGCUAUGUUUAGAGAAAAAGGAUUACCUGUCCAUAGCUGAACCUGGCACCCAGACCACUUCAUUAAGCUGAAGUGGCCUGGGUGCCUAUAGUGGUCCUUUAAGCUCUUUUGACAGUUAGACUACUUACAGUUGGAGGGUGUCACCAGGGCACUCCUUGCACCUUAAACACUGCAGGGAGCUCUAUUUGCUAUGGUGCUUGGAAUGUUGCUUUGAGCUGUUUAGUACUUUUUUUUGCAAAUACUCAAUGAUUAUGAAAUACGCAACCUUUCCCAGUGAUGAGCAUAUCCCAUAAACAGUGCUUUCUGGGCACAGCAAGGGAAGUUAACAGUUUGACAGGCAUGCGUCUGCAGACUACAGUCAAUGUUAUGGACGUAGUUAUGGUACCUACAGUGUCCCAUUAAGAAUCAGGGGUUAGAAUGUAAUUUGGGUUUAGGCUUUGACUUCUCUCUUAAUCUCACACUACCCCAUACAUGUGCAGCCUUCCCUUUUUGCAGUUGCUCAUUUUUACAUUACUCAGCAAUUAUUCAUGUGUUUUAUGCAUAAACAUUCAGAUCUACAUCACAGAUAGAUUACUGCAGACUCACAUUUGAGCUGCAGGAAAGGAAAUGCAUGCUGUGGGACUGGCUGCAGUGAGUACAAUCGGCUGGGUAGGGCUUUUUAAUAUUGUGCUCAACAGAAAACCAUUUCUAUGUCAAUAAAUAGACUCCUUUCUGUGCUUUACAUUUGAUAAUGCUGGUGUUAACAAUCUGCAGGCUGAAUUCUUAUUAUGCUGCUUCAGUGAGGGUGGGCUCACUAUUUAAAAGGGCACCAAGAGAGGAAGCUGCUGCAUUGAGAAGCAGGUACCCAACUAUGGCCUCAAUGUAAUUAGUUUGAAUCAGCUUUAGAAAUAAUUCCAAUCUGUUCCAAGAAACGUUUCAAAUAAUUUAUCUGCAAAAAAAAUCCCAUAGACUUUAAUGAUGACUUCUUUAGAUAAAUCAAUAAUAUAAUAAUAAUUUUCAUAUAACAAUUUCAUCAAGUACUGAAAGGGAAUAUUAUUAUUAUUAUAAUUUUUUUUAUUUUUUUUAAAAUAAAGUAUAUGUAAAAUAUGAGAAAUCAUCCCUACUUUAGUAUAUGACAGGACUGGAGCAGGGAAGACCAUUGAGACUAACUAUUGUUUUUCAGACACUGUCUGAUCAAAGAUUUAUGUAUAUGGCCAAAGGAUCCUGUUAUAUACUGAUGGUAGGGAUAAUUGUUUUUUCUCAUUUUUAUGUAUAUUCUUUACUUUAAGAAUGUAUCUCCUUUCAAUGCUUGAGGAAAGCAAUGAAUAUAAUAUAUAUCUACCUCCCACGAUACCCAAUGGCAUCACAAACCUAAUAUGCACAUGCAUAUUGUGAUCUUUACAUAUGCAUCCAAUUUUACCAGCACAUUGUGCAGAUUGAAUUUAGAGCUUUUAAAUGAGCAAACAAAUUAAGAUGUGAACUAAUAUUCUUUCCAAUUGGUUCAUAGUUAAUGGAUAUAAAUACCAUGAAAUUAAGUUAACAGUCUGCACUUUAUGCUUUAAGAACAAAGAUGAAGCAAUAAUAUUUUUGUCACUAUUCAAAUACCUAUGUAUAUGCUGUACUGUUUUUUUUUCUUCUUUCAGUUCACAGUAAAUUAAUAAUUAAUGCAGAGUGCAUGGUCAGACUAUUAAUAAUGACUUUUUGUAUAUCUCCUUAGAAUGAUAGGGCCUUGCUAAAUUAGUAUACACUCCACAACCAAAUUUGCGUGACUAUAUACCGGUGGUCUAGUAGUUAACAGUAGAGAAAAGUGGGUGUCUGGUGAUUAGUUGUAUGUAUUUUAGUCAUAAUCCAUCAUUGCAAAUUGAUAGCAGAAUGUGUUGACUGAGUAUAUGGUCCACGUACCUGGCACAGUGACCUUUCUAACUUUCUAGAGAGUAAGUUAUGUUAUUUUCUUUAAUCAACUUAUAUAUUUUAAUAGAAAAUGCUGUCUUUAUUGAACAUAUUUUGCAGCUGUCCCAUCUCCGGCUAAACAGAGAGCAAAAAUGGAUGACAUUGUAGUUGUGGCUCCAGGGACCCAAUCCAACCGAAACAUCAGCAAAGAUCCUGAAGUUAUCAAGUUACAAGAGAUUCCCACAUUUCAGCCUCUAUUGAAGGGUCAGUAUGAUAUAUGUUGGUCCUGGUGUGAUUGUGUUGACUUAAAGUGUACUAUCACUUCUUUGAAAUUAACACACAUUGAAUAAAAUAUUGAAAUCACCUGCAACCUGUGUUAACCUUUUUCAUGAGAUUGUUUUCCUUUAAAUAUAUAUUAAAGAUAUUACAAAUUAUAUUAUGAUCCAGUUCCACCAAGGCAAAGCCAGGGCAAACAUUGCAAACAAGGAGGAGAAAUACAAACACUGUUUAACUUCUCCUUCUUUUUUUCUCCUCUCUUCUUUUUUCUACACUUAUCAGCCACAACAUUAAAACCACCUGCCUAAUAUAGUGUAGAAUUCUCUAGUGCUGCCAAAAAAUCUCUCCUAUGUCGAGACAUUGGUUCCACAAGACCUUUAAAUGUUUCCUGUGGUAUCUGGCACCAACACAUUAGCAGCAAGUUGUGAGGUGGUGCCUGCACAGAUUGGAAUUCUUGUUCAAGCGCAUUCCACUGAUGCUCAAUGGGAUUGAGAUCUGGGUAAUUUAGAGGCCAAAGCAACACCGUGAACUCUUUGUUAGUGUCCUCAAAUCAUUACUGAACAGUAUUUGCAGUGUGGCAGGGUGCAUUAUCCUUCUGAAAGAGGCCACUGCCAUCAGGGAACACCAUUGCCAUGAAGGGGUGUAUAUGGUCCGCAUUAUCUAAGAAGAUGAUUUGUAUCAAAGUAACAUCCACAUAAUUGCCAGGACCAAAAGUUUCCCAGCAGAACAUUGCCCAGAGCAUAACACUGCCCCUGCCAGCCUGCUAUCUCUUCCCCGGGUAAAUGACGCACACACAUCCAGCCACCUACCUGAUCUAAAAGAAAACGCGAUUCAUCAGACCAGUUGGCGUUCUUCCAUUGCUUCAUAGUCCAGUUCUGAUGCUCACGUCCUCAUCGAAGGAACUUUCAGUGGUGGACAGCGGUCAUGUUUUGACACUGUUCUCUCAUGGCCAGCAUUACAUUUUUCAGCAAAUUGAGCUACAGUAGCUCUUCUGUGUGAUCGGACCAGAUAGGCUAUCUUUUGCACCCCAGAUGCAUCAGUGAGCCUUGGGUUCGAAUGACCCUGUCGCUGGUUCAACGGUUGUCUUUCCUUGCACCACAUUUGAUAGGUACUAAACACUGCAUACUGGGAACACCCCACAAGACUUGCUGUUUUAGAGAUGCUCUGACCCAGUCUUCUAGCCAUCACUUUUGGGCCCUUGUCAAAGUCACAGAUUUUUUGCAUGCCCAUUUUUCCUGCUUCCAACACAUGAAAGUCAAUGACUGACUGUUCACUUGCUGCUAUCUAUAUCCCACCCAUUGACAGUUGUCAUAGUAAUGAUAUAAUCAUUACCUAUAAGUGGUUUUCAUUUUCUGGCUGACCAGUGUAUAUGUUUCAUUGCUAACAGUUAAACUUCCCAAGCAAGCUUGCUAUACAUGUAUGAAAAAAAGCGUCUCUAGUGCAAAAUCAAAAUGCACUUUAGUUUGAUUUUGCUCCAGAGAAACAUUCUUUGAUACAUGUUUGACACUUGGAAUUGAGAGACAAAUAAUAUCUAUUUGAUAUUUUUUCAUUUCACUAUUUAUACUACUGCACUUUAUCAAGUUUAUAUUUUGCAGCUUGGCUAUAUAGCUUUUAGACUCCCAGUGCUUUACAAGAUAUUGUCAGACUGACAUGGUUAUUCACUAAAGUGAGAAUUCAAAGUGAAUUACAAAUUUAGGGCCAGGUUGGUCAAACUGAGAUCAUAGCUUACUUGAGAAUGUUUCCACUUUGGCUAUUUUGACCUUACAUUUUAAAUUCACUUUAAAUUCAUUCUCAGUGAGAAGCCUCUGAUCUGUCAAUUCCUUGGCACAGAUAGAAAGUCCCUGCCUGAGAUUAAGUGGAAAGCCAUCAAAAGCAUGCAUGGAAAAUUGUGGUUUUCUCUAGUGGUAUAUCUACUAAAUUGAUAAAAAGCAAUUAACGGCUUGUUUUUUUAAUAUCACGGUAUGUGCAGUGCUUUUUACUGAAAAGCUGAACAUACAGACUCCAAACACCAUGGUUCUUUAGUGUCCCUGCCCCCUUUGUGUCCCAAAAAAGUAAUCAACUUAAGCAAGUCAUCAAGGAGGCAUGGCCUCUUCCAGCUUGGUCCGAUCCAAUACUCCUCAUAUAGGAGCAAUGGUGACCUGAUGCGCAUGCAUACAAGUUACUCCAUAGGAAAGGAUUGAAUCAAUGCAUCCACGUCAUGUGACCAAGUUUUACUCCGUGGCUGUCAGUGUAACCGCCACUAGUGGUGUGUUUGCCAUUUUGCAGAAACCGCAAUGCUUACCUAGAAGGGUGAGUGUUUUACCUUGAAGGGUUAAAUUGAGAUGAAGGGGCCUGGGUGACUUUAGUGAUUCUCAAGUGGCAUCUCCAGCCAUAUGAACAGCACAUCAUAAAACAAGUAUUAGAGGCAUGCAGGCUUGGAAAUGGGUUAUCAAUAAAAACUGCUGGUCUCAAAAACUGCAUGAAAAAGGGGAGGAGUUCCAAUGCAAUAUACCUGCUAGUUCACUGACUUGUGUCAGUGGAAAUAUGCAUAUAUCAUCUGAAAUCUCCACUAUCCAUAUCAUGGCGCUUGGAGUCUGUAUGCGCAUCUUUUCUGUAAAAACCACUGCACAUACCAAUGUAUGAAAAGAACAAUUAGUUUACUGCUUUUAAACUAUUUAGUAAAUAUUCCCCUAAAGAACACAUGCAUGUGCUUUUUCCUACAUGCUUUCUUUGGGUAUUUAUGAUGAAACAGCUGGCAAAGGCUGCAGACCUGGUGCAAACCCUCCUGUUUAUCCCAGGCACAGACGUUCAGUUAGAGGCAUCUCACUGAGAAAGCUUUUCAAUUAUCUAUAGUAGAGCUCUUUAAAAAGGGUGUGAGGCAGGUGCACACUUGUCACUUCUGUUAUUGGGCUUACGGAAGAGGAAGACAAUUUCCUUGGCUGUCUGCGUGAUGGCUAGGGAGGUGUUUCUGCCCCCAGUUAUAAAAGUCAAUUCAAAAUUGAAAUCUGGACUUUUAUAAACGGAAAAGUAAGAGAUACAAGUCACAACCUGUAUUGCAGCUUCUAACUAUAUCAUAUGACAAGAACAAAAUUAUUGGACUAGGGUAGGCUUUCAUCAAGUCUACUGCUCUUAUCACAUGCAAAGCACAAGGAAAGAACAGACUAUUGAAGAUUGCAGUUCCUAUCUGUAGCAGGUUACAUGUUUCUGCAAGAGCAGAAAGAUAAUAGGGUAAUGUUGCAAACUAUUGUACAAAAUAAUUCCCAGAUUUUACUAGUAACAUGACGUAAAGUCAUGAUUUUAUUAAAGACACGGAGGCGAGUAUUAUGCAUAACUCUUUCUUUAUUUCCUCAGCAGCAAAGAAAGAGAAAUAUAAAUAUUAUCAAAACUGAAGAAAAAACUGUAUAGGCACAACAGGUAGCCAAUCACAGGGUAUAGGAAGUAGCUAUAUAAGUCUUGUGUCUCCCACAAUCCCCCUCUUUCUUGCGAACCGAAGACCAGGUAAGAUGAACGAUGUCCCACUUGGCCGAAACAGGGUAACGGGAAAACGAUGCGACAAUUUCAAGCUAAAAAAGAUAGAGAAAUAUGGUAAUUUCUUAAUUCAGAACUGCAAACUUACCAAACAUAGUCUUGGGGAGACACAGGUAAAACAGAGUACUGAAAUAUAAAAACAACAGAAUUAGUACACAGCAUAAAGGUACAACAACCCGUACAAAAGAUGCAAAUCAACUGAUAUGAAACAGAACGAACUGAAAAAGACAUACCUGUAGAGCCACCAAGCAUCUCGUACCCCAACUCCACUCCGGGAGGGUGGGAGGGAAUAAUACUCGCCUCCGUGUCUUUAAUAAAAUCAUGACUUUACGUCAUGUUACUAGUAAAAUCUGGGAAUUUUAUUAAAGACACGGAGGCUCAUAUUAUGCAAGUUCAAAGCUGUGCCACCACACGAGAUGCGAUGUGCUCAAUUGGCCUGAAGUAGAAGGUUCGGAAGGUCGAUUCCCGAGACCAAUCCGCCGCUCGCAUAAUGUCAUGCGAAGGGGACGUGCAACAUCCAGAUAGUCCUUGAUGCAAUCCACCGGGCAGAGCGCUGGACAGUCCGAAAACCUAGGGUAUGUAAGUGUCUUAGAUGCAGACUUGGUCCUCCUGGAAAUGUCAAAGGUGACGCCUUCUGGGGUGAAUGCAACGGCGUCCCAGUCCAGGGCCCGGACGUCAGAGACUCUUCUGCAAGAAAUCAGGCACAGUAACAUAACCAAUUUGGCAGACAAUUGCUUGAGAGACAGCUCCAAAUUGGGGUACCAUGAUGAUAGGAACUGUAGCAUCACGUUGACGUCCCAAAAGGCGGCAAAACGAGGUCGAGGAGGACGAGCAAGGCGAAUACCCUUGAGAAGUCGACAGACAAAAGGAUGCUUGCCGACCGGAGAACCGUCUAGACCUUCGUGACCGGCUGAGAUAGCUGAGCGGAAAAGGUUGAUUGUGCGGUAUGCCUUGCCCGAAUCAAAUAGGAACGUGAGGAACUCCAGAAUCAAAGGCAGAGGGGCAGAUACGGGAUCCAUUGCCCGUUCCAUGCACCAACCAGACCAUGAUCUCCAUGCAUGUCGGUAAGCUGUCCGUGUACCCGGGGCCCAGGCGUUAUCGAGGAGUCGGAGAGUUGACUGCGAAACGUCUGGGAUAACCCAAGGUCCCCUGAAAGGAACCACGCUAUGAGGGGUAGCUGAUGCUGCAACACCAGGUCGUGAGAGUUCCCAUCCGGAUCCAGAAGAAGAUCUUGGAAUACCGGAAGUAAACGAGGGUAGUCUAUGGACAAUUCCAUCAGCCGAGGGAACCAUGGUCGAGACCUCCAUAGAGGGGUGAUCAAAGCCAUCCGACAAUCGUGGCGGACCAGUUUCGAGAUCGUGCGUGCGAUCAUGUUGAAUGGGGGAAAGGCGUACAUCAGACCCGGUGGCCAAUCCUGGAGGAAGGCAUCUGUCGCUAUUGCAGCCGGGUCCGGCCUCCAACUGUAGAACCUCGGUAGCUGAGUGUUCAGGCGUGACGCGAAUAGGUCCAACUGGAACCGGCCCCACAGCCUGUUCAGGCACUGGAACACUGAAGCAUGUAGAUGCCAGUCCCCGGAGUCCCGUAAGUGUCUGGAAUUCCAAUCCGCCCCCGAAUUGUCCAGACCUGGGAUGUGUUCCGCCGUUACCGAAACGUUGUUGUAGAGGCAGAACUGCCAAAAAUCCUUUGCCAGAAUCGCCAACAUUUUGGAUUUCGUGCCCCCUAGGUGAUUUAUGUAACGGACUGCUGAUACGUUGUCCAUCUUGAGGAGAACGCAACAAUUCGCCCUCCCCGGAGCAAGGCUGCGGAUCGCGAAGGCACCUGCCAGAAGUUCCAGGCAGUUGAUGUGUAACGACUUCUCUGUGUCGGACCACCUGCCUCCUGUGGAGACGUUGCCACAACGAGCGCCCCAGCCGUGUAAGCUGGCAUCGGACUCUAUCACUACGUCCGGGACAGAACCGAAGAUGGCUCUUCCGUUCCAUGCCUCCAUGUGCGCCAACCACCACGCCAGUUCGUCCCUGGACUCCUCGUCUAAUGUUAUCCGAGAUUCGUAUGAAUGACCGGAGCGAAGUCGUGAUCCUUUGAGCCGUUGGAGUGCUCGGUAAUGCAGGGGACCUGGGAAAAUUGCUUGAAUGGAGGCCGCGAGAAGGCCGAUAAUUCUCGCCAGUUGUCUGACCGACAAAUCCGGGACACGGAGGGCCCUCCGAAUUUCCUUCUGGAUGGCUUUCACCUUGGCAUCCGGAAGGAACAGGAACUGCUGGAUGGAAUCCACUUGAAAACCCAGAAACUCUAUGGACUGGGCAGGGACCAGGACCGACUUGCUCCAAUUGAUCAGAAAUCCCAACUUCUGCAGAAGGUCGGUCGUCCAUCCCAGGUGUGUGAGGAGAUCCUCUCGUGACUGGGAUAAAAUCAAGAUAUCGUCCAGGUAAAUAAUGAGGCGAACCCCCCGGGUUCGGAGGAAUGUCACCACGGGCUUCAUGAGCUUGGUGAAGCACCAAGGGGCCGAGGAGAGACCGAAAGGCAGGCAGGUGAAGCGCCAACGACGCCCAUGCCAGGUGAAGUGGAGAUAAUCCCGGAACUCCAAAGCGAUGGGGACCGUAAAGUAUGCGUCCUUCAGGUCUAGCUUGGCCAACCAGUCCGAUUGACGUAGGAGGUCCCUGAGGCAGUGUAUACCUUCCAUCUGGAAGUGUUGGUAGCGUAGAAAAGCGUUGAGUGGGCGAAGAUUUAUGACAGGGCGAACUCCGCCUCCUUUCUUGGGCACUAGGAAUAAAUUGCUCGUAAAGCCUGGGGCGGCGAACGGCAACUCCUCUAUAGCGCCCUUGGACAGCAUCUCUACCACUUCCGUGGAAAUCAUCUCGUCCUGCUCCUGAGGUAGGGACAAUUCUCUGGGGAAGUAAAACUGGACAGGCAUGGACACAAACUCCAGACGAAAACCCCUUACACAUUGUAAGACCCAAGCAUCUGAGGUGAUCUUUGCCCAUUCUUGACAAAAUAAGGCCAGUCUCCCCGCCACCCGAACUUGAGCGUGAGGGGAAGAAAGGGUACUCACCGUAAGGACGUCUGCCGGGGGUACCACCGCGGGGGUAUCUGGAUCCCCAGGCCCGACCUCUUGCCGGGAAGAAGGGAGGGGCCCUCUGUUCCUGAAAUCCUCUCGAGGGAAAGAAGGAACCUCUGGUUGCGCGGAAUGCGCCUCGGAAACCACGGCCGGGUGGACGGUUCCUGCUACGCCCGGCCCCUCCGAAAACCUUAGGCGCGAACACGCGCUUCAUGUUCGCCUGUGCCUUGUCAAUAGCCGUAAAGGUCUUGACAUAAGCACCCAUAUCCUUAACGAAGGACGUGCCAAACAGGAGACCCUCCUCAGUUGGAUCAGGCUCCGCCACAGUCAUAGCGGCCAAUUUAGGGUCGAUCUUCAGGAGGAUCGCCUUGCGUCUUUCUGUAGACAUGGCCGUAUUGGCGUUCCCCAGUAAGCAAAUAGCUCUUUGGACCCAACCAACGGCCACAUCCACGUCCAGAACGGAGUCCCCGGUCCUGGCAGCAUCCAAAAGCUCGUAAAGCUUGGAAAGGGGACCUAGGGUAUCCAGGAUCUUGUCCUGGCAGCUUUUAAGGGAAUGGUCAAGGCCCUUCUUGGGCUUCCAUCCUGACUUAUUCAGGAAUUGAGCAAUUUGCGGGUCAAUGUCCGGGGUUUUGCAAGCCGCGCCCGGGAGGGACGGGCGUGGACACUCGGCGCGCAAUUUAUUGCGGCCUUCCCUAGAAAGUGGCGUGCGGAUACGCUUAGCCACAUAUUGGGCGAUGUGAUCUGGGGGAACCCACUCGGCGGACCGAGGAUGACGUAGGUCGUCUGGGUCAAACAGGGGGUUGCCCUGCGGGUCAAGGAUCGAGGUGUCACCCCCCGGGGGAGCAAGUGAGGGGCCCCGGGUAUUGGCGGAGGACCCGGAGGGGUUCACGCCCGUAAGGGGCAAAUCCUCGCCAGAAUCAUCAUGAUCAAAGGAGUCGUACUCCAUAGCGUCGGAUUCAUCCUCCACACUCCGGUCGGUAUCCGACCCAAUAUCAUGGGCUUUAGCCCUUUUCCAUAGUCUAGCCUUUUUAGCCCGGCCAGGGGCUCUUUUGCGCGUGGGGUGCGCGCUAUCUGAGACCGCCUCAGGCGUGUCAGUCAUGGCAGGCAAAACCUGCAUCGAGGAGUGGGAGCCGACAUGUUUGGACUUAGCCUUUGCCUUACGGGCUCCAGGCACAGUCUGAGCAGGGGAGAGGGCAGGGGUGGCCAUGGGAGGUAAAAUCAGAGAGUGCAGGGACUGGGAGAAAUUAGAAGAGACAGCUCCCAUGGCUGAGGCAAUAGCCUUCUGAAUAGAGGAAGCCAUAGUGGCCUCUAACAUGGCCUGAAACUCUUGGGAGGCCAUGGCACCAUCAGUACUAUCUAAUUGUAAGUCCCCUGGGGGACCAACAGGCCCAUCACCCCUAUCCUGCAUGGUAGUGACAGAGAAUUUAAAUAGUAAAAUAAUAAUGCAAUGGCAAUUAUAUAGGGACCAAAACUGACUACAAACAAAGCAGGUUGAAUAACACCAGGGUGUUAGCUGGGAGAGAGAGGGAAGGGUUGAUUAACCCACAAGGAAAAAACUGAAAAACAAACAUUUUGGCUGGUGUCCCCAGGGAGCAGGGCUACGAGGUGGCCGGUCGCACGGCAGCACUGGGAGGAAUACCAAAGACCGCCCCCAAGAUGGCCGCCGCACGAGGAAGGCACACGAGGAAAAACCACUCGGCGGGGGAAGGGGCUCGUGCACCCGCCCGCCGAGCCGACACGCUAACUGAGUGAGGGAGGAGGAGAGAAGCGUGUACACCGCCGCGGUCGCGAGGAAAUCGCGGCCGCGGCACGGCAGGUCGGGUCCCGUGCAGAAGCACGGGUAGGAGAGGGGAGAGAGGAGGGGAGGGGUGGGGACCGCCCGGACGGGACAGAGGCACACCCGCGGGCCCAGAGGGGAGACACCAGCCGGGGAAAAUACAGACAAUAAUAAAACAAAUAAUAUUAGACCAAACAGUAUGAAAAUCAUAAAAGGAAAACACACUGUAAUACAAAUUAAAUGGAAUCACAAUGCAAGCCAAAAUCAGAGAAACACUUAUCUGUCUGAGGAAGCAGCAAAGAAAGAGGGGGAUUGUGGGAGACACAAGACUUAUAUAGCUACUUCCUAUACCCUGUGAUUGGCUACCUGUUGUGCCUAUACAGUUUUUUUCUUCAGUUUUGAUAAUAUUUAUAUUUCUCUUUCUUUGCUGCUGAGGAAAUAAAGAAAGAGUUAUGCAUAAUAUGAGCCUCCGUGUCUUUAAUAAAAUUGUUUUUUUAAACACAUGUUUGGUGUUAAUGACACAGACUGUUAAUUGUACCCUAGAAAUACGUAUUCACCUUUAUGUGGAAUAAAAUACCAGGCAGUGAUUGGUAUCACGGUGUUGCAAUAUUUUACUUUUGUUAUACGCUAUUGCAGGGAUGCCCAAAAGGAAGAUCCCCAGUUGUUGAACUACAACUCCUUUGCUUGCCUUAAGAAUGCUUUAGAAUGGCAAAGCAUCGUGGAAGCUGUAGUUUUAAAACAUCUAGGGAUCUACUUUUUGGGCACCCCAGCUUUAUUGUUUUACUUUUACGUACAUAAACCUGUGGGAUCAAGUGCAGUAAUUGAUCAUUUCAAGGAAAUAUUUAUUUUAGUGUACAGCUAACAAGGAUAACCUUUGUUUUGUUUUUCUUUCUGCAAAGAAUGGAAAUUUUGAUUCAACACAGCUUAUAUAUGACUAGUGAACAACAUAAAUGCUGCUGAAUAAUGAUCAUUAUAUUAUUUCCAACAUUUGCAGAAAAUGUACAUUUUUUUAAUGUUUGUAGAAAUAUCUGUACAAUUCUUUAUAAAACAUAACUACUGAAAUAUCCGAAACAUGUGCCUAAUAAUGUUUUAGUCUGUUUUCUGAACAACAGAGGGCAGCAGUACCCAGUCACAUUUUACACACUUUGGUAAUAUUUUUAACAAACUGAAGGGUAUGCUGAUGUAUUGUACAUGGUUAUUAAAUUUAGGAACACUGCAAAUGAGAUAUGAUCGAAUCUGAUUCUGUAUUAUGGAGAUAUUACAUAAUGCUGUUUGAGCAAGUGACCAUAUGUCUUGCUUAACUUGUUUAGUUAUAACACUUUUUAAGAUUUUAUGUUAGUGUUUCCUGCACUGUAAAUUUAUUUUUUCCCACCUCGUUGCUCCUUAUAAUCCCUUUAGAACAUAGGAUAGGCAAAUGGAACUUACAAUAGCUUUAUGUAAAACUUUUUUUUUUUUCAUGUUUUUGCCUAAUGUGGAAAAUGUCUGAAACUACAAAAUUGCAGAAUUUUUUUUAUCUAAUAUUUACUUUCUAAAACAGUUGUUCUUUUCAUGAUUUUGUGACUGCGCUUCACUCUGUUUAGAAAAUGAACUAGUAGAAAAUAUCUCCUUGUGGCUCCACACUUUAGAGCUAUGUGGUCCAGAUAGAUGUUCGAAUUGCUCCAUUUUCCUUAACAGAUGCUUUAUAUUUUAUAUGUGAAAACAUUGUUGAAAUUUGCCUGCUAUCUCUUUUCGCUCUUACUUUUCUUCUGUUUUGUUUACUUUUCAUAUACUACAUUUAAAAUGCCCAGUGAGUUGGCUUGAAGUUAUUUAUUUAUUUUAUUUUACUUUAAUAAUACUUAAAAAAAAAAAAAAAAUUGGGUCUGAAUGGCAAUCUAUAUACAAAAUAAGUUUUUCUCAUAUUUUCUUUUAAAUUUUAACAAUAUUAUAUAAACAAAUAUAAAACUGGGGAAUAAUGAUACAAAAUAUUAAUCCAGAAAUAUGUGUAUAAUAUCUUCAGUAUAUUAUUAUGGUGCAAAAUGUUAUAAAUGUUUAUAAUACCUUUAAAUAUAUGUUCCUGGUCAAGUGGGAUCAUCAGUGUAAAUUAUUCGAAGUUUUCAUUAUAUACUUUGGGUUUUUCAUACACUGAUCAACCACAAUAUUAAAGCCCUUGACAGGUUAAGUGAAUAGAUUAGAUAGAUUAUAUUGUUACAAUGGCACCUGCCAAGGGGUGGGAUAUAUUAGGCAGUAAGUGUACAGUCAGUUCUUGAUUUUUCAUCUGUUGGAAGAAAACUGGGCAAGUGAAAAUAUCUAAGUGACUGAAAAUGGCUAGAUAGCUGGUUUAGAGCAUCUCCAAAACAGCAUGUCUCGUGGGGUGUUCCUGUUAUGCAUUGGUUAGUACCUGCCAUGGGGCUGUGUAGCUGCAGACUGUUCAGAGUGCCCAUGAUGACCCCUGUCCACCGCUGAAAGCGCCUUCAAUGGGGACGUGAUUGUCAUGGAGCAAUGGAAGAAGGUUGCCUGGUCUGAUGAAUCACAUUUUCUUUUAGAUCAGGUGGAUGGCUGGGUGCGUGUGCGUCGUUUACCUGGGGAAGAGAUGGCAGCACUGUGGGAAGAAGGUAGGCCAAUGGAGGCAGUUUUAUGCCCUGUUCUUCCGGGAAACUUUGGAUUGUUGUAGACUACGUAUACCCCUUCAUGGCAAUGGUGUUCACUGAUGGCAGUGGCCUUUUUCAGCAGGAUAAUGCACUCUGACACACUGCAAAUACUAUUUAGGAAUGGUGUGAGGAACAUGACAAAUAGUUCAAGGUGUUGCCUUGGGCUCUAAAUUACCCAGAUUUCAAGCCAAUUGAGCAUCUGUGUUUUUUUUUUUGUUUUUUGUGUGUGUGUGUUCUUACUCCUGACAAUAUUAGGAAUAUUGUAAGUAAAAAUUUAGAAAUUUAAAGUACUGCAAGUUCUUUCUAUCAUCGAGACCACUGUACACCCCCUUUGAAAAUAAAGAUUAUUCACCUCAAUUCUAGCACUGAGACACCGUAACUGCAGCUGCCCACACGGCCUCUGAAGAUGUCAGCAUGCCUGCUGACAUCUUCCUUGAUUUCAUCAAAUCCACUGCUUCUCAUUGAGGUCAGCAGCAUUUUAUUGCAGGAACAGAGUUAAAGCUCCUCUAGUUGCUUGUCAGGAAGCAACCACUAGAGGUGUAUAUAACUCUGCAAUGUAAACCAUACUAGUUUUUAUAAAACUCCAGUGUUUUUCAUUACAGGGUAAAAACGACAGGACCACUGCACCCAGACCACUUUAUUAAGGUGGUCUGGGUGACUUUAGUGGUCCUUUAAAUAAAUUAACUGCUCCUGUGGCUUCCAUUAAUUUAUAGUGAUAUAAUUUCCCCUUACUUUCACUUACCUGUCCAAUAGUGUGUUGAUGACCCAAAGUAUUCAUGCUUUCUAUAAACUAUCCAUGAGGGGGCCUAACUGCACUUUCUCCAAAUAAAGGGAUGCAUCCUGGCAGAGAGAGCCUCCUUAAGCUCAGGCGUUUGCGAUAACAGCCUGGACCAAUAUAGGUAUCUUUUUAUUAGAUGUGGAGAGCUGCUGUGGGGGGCAGAAGUUGAACAAAAUGUCCUUCAAGUAGUUACACAUUAACCUAACAACCCCCAGCUAUGUUUGUUUAGCUUUGGCAAUUCUCAUUUAUUUUUUUCUAUUGCCUGAGAAUGCAAAGAACACAACAAAUCUAAUUUCUGUUUAUACAUUUUUAUGUAGUUGUCUACAAUUUCUGUUGGUCCACAAGGACCUCCAAUAGUGCAAGUUUUUAGGAAGAACACUCACUAGUAAUUUUCAGGGACAAAAAGCUGUCUUAGUUGGUAUUUAUUUAUUUCUAAAAUAUUUUACCAGGAUGGAUGCAUUGAGAUUUCUCUCGUUUUCAAGUAUGUCCUGGGAUACUGAUAAUCUGACCUAUUUGGUAAUGCUAAAACCCAUAUUCUAAAAACUCUUCUUUGUGCCAGUGUCUAGAAAUGGCUAUAAUUCUCAUCUCUACCAGUCAAUGGAUGGCUGAGGGUGGUAUGAGUUAGAUGACUAUAUGAUCUUCUGUCUUGCAUUGCCGACAUGAGGCCUGUUCCAUAGGAAACAUUGAAUUCAAUCAACAUGUUUACGUUUUGUGUACUUUGUUUCUCUUGCAUUACUCUCACGUAAUUUACACAGGAUAGAGAGAGAUCCUUUUUAUAACUUGUCCUGCAUAAGGUUAUACUUUGAUAACUAUAGAAUAAGACAUUUCUCCAGUAGAGAAAUUGAUUACAGACCAGGUCACUGUAAUGAAUAUUAAGGAGAAAUAUAUAUAUUUUUUUGUUUGUGUGCCACAUUAUUGGAAUCUGUGACAGAACUCCUCUACUCCGAUUGAGUACCUCCACCAGGUCACUUUCCACACAGCUACAAGGGACUUUGGAGCAUUUCAAACACUGUCGCGGAAGCUUGACUGGGGUCUCUGAGGACUGCUUCCACCUGUAAAGCAGAGACUAUAGCUUUUCCCCCACACAUACGAUGAAUCUGAAUGUAGGGGGUAGAAUGAUCUUUAUUGCAAAACUAUUUAUACACUGAAAUGUUGACUCUCCCUGUAGGCAGGCUACAGCUUCAGGCCCAUGCCCAUGGAAUAAACCCUUUGCCAAAACAAAAUAACAAAAAAAAUCCAGUCCCCUGGUGAUAGAUAGAUAGAUAGAGAUAUAUAUAUAUAUAUAUAUAUAUAUAUAAUUUUUAUUUAUUUUUUUACAUUUUUCACAUGUGGAUGUAGGGAAACAAAACUCGUGUGGACUGGCUCUGACAAUGAAAUUAGUUAAUGUAAAGCUGACUUUACGCACUUUGCAAAUGCUCUUGCUGCUUCAAUCUCUCUAACUCUGUGGCAUGUUCCCUUUCUUCUACACUUACUACAUAUACAUUUUCUCUGUCCUAAGCUGUAUAACAGGAGUAUCUGCCUGCUAGUAAGAAGGAGAGGAGUGGACAAGUGAGGAGAGAACAAGUGAGUGCGAUGGGACAGUCCUUAGAAAGCGUGGAAAGCUUAGAAAGCGAGCGCAUCAUUAGACAAAUUUAUGCCAAGCUCAGGGUGCUGUCUGCAUAGUAUGCCGGCCAGCCUGCAUGAUUGGCAGACAGCCUGACAUGCAUUCACGCCAGGCUGACCUUCAAAUUCCUUGUGCAGGUUUCUUUUGGUCAGGAUUGCCCUUUAGGGCGGUUCUGAUUUGCGUGAUUCGCGUCAGUGGCCCACUCGAUUCCAGAGUGAUUCAGGGUAUCUCCAUUGCGCUCAAUGUGUUGGGGGAUCUGACUGCACAUUAUGAGGACAGGUUCACUUUGGUACUGGUUUUAUAUCCAAUGUAGGCUGCCUGACCACACAUUAUAAGGACAAACUCAGACAGUGCUGCUUUUAUAACCAAUGUAGGCAGUUCUGUAGCACAUUAUAAAACCAAACUCAGACAGUGCUGGGUUUACUUAUAAUGUAAAGGAUCUGACUGCACAUUAUCAACACAGGCUAUGACAGUACUGAGUUUAUAUCUAAUAUAGGCAGUCUGAUAGCAUAUUAUAAAGGUAUGCUCAGACAGUGCUAGGUUUAUGAAUAAUGUAGGAGAUCUGACUGAUCUGACAGUGUGAAAUCAGAGAUAUUAACAGGAGAGGCCAAGACAAUGAUGUUUUUUUGUCUGUCUGUCUGUCUUAGUCACAGAUAAAGUAGGCUGGUUUCCAACAGGAGAAGCCAGAUGUAAUUUUAGAACAAAGCAGGACCAAUGUCAUUGGCUGAGAGUACAAUGCUGAUGCCCUCAGCCAAUGGUUGUCCUGCUUAGUUCUAAAGUGACAUCCAGCUUUCCCUAUGUGAGAAAACCAAGUGCAGCAAAUACAGGGUGGGCACCUGAUGUGAUCUAAGUAAGUUGUGAAAUGGUGCUAAAAAUGGUCUGACAGUUUACCAUGAGGCAUAGUGGAGUGUUUUUUGUUUUUUUAUAGGACAUUCUGUCAUUUAGAAAAUAAUAUAUAGUAUGUUUUGGUGCACUAACCAAGUAAAAAUGUAUCACUGAAUAAAUACACAGAAAAUAUUCCUAAAUACUGUGGAUAUUUAGGCUCAAACAAGCUUAAAGGGUUAUUCCAAGCAUGGCAAGUACUAAAACCUGCUGUUGUUAUGAUGCCAAGAGUACCCUGGUAUGGUUCCCUGCUAAUGAGCACUCUUACUUGGGUCUCCAAUGGGCUCUGAAACUCCUUUCCCCUUGGUGAUGUGCUUAGGGCUGCUGCAAAAUCUGGAAGAUGAUCCAGUCACCAAUUGUGUCAGCUGACUGCUCUUUGCCAAUGAAUGGCACACUGUGCAUGAAGAUUUUCACAGAAUUGACUGGCUAAUGAUGCCCCAAUGACGCUGCCGUUGGUGGGUUAACAAAGCAAAGGGGUUAAACGCUGUAUGUACAGCUUUUCAUACUGAAACACUGCACAUACAGACUCCAUUCACCAUGACCACUACAAAUCACUGAAGUGGUCAUGGUGUCUGGAGUAACCAUUUUAAGAGACAUCAUAGCCCCCUAAAGCACUUUAGCUUGCUGAAAUGCUUUAUAUAAGAAGAGUUUUUGGUUGAGAACAUUGUUGCACCCACUUGGCUUUCCUGUUAACUUCUUGGUUUGUUUAGCUCAGUGGAGCUAAACUCAAGAGACUGGCAUUUGGUCCGGCCUUGCAAAGACUUCUGAUUUAGCUGCAUUAGGAAGUCUAUUAUUGGACAGCCACAGAAACUUUGGGAUGGGUGAGGGGGAGAGGGAAUGCAAGGGCUUCACACAAUAGAUAUGCAGUUUUUGCAAGCUGUCUUUAGAAAAAAUGCUUAACUAAAUAAAUGCUUGUUUUCAUAACAAAAUAAAUAAAUAACCUGUGAUUAUUUGUUUUGUUGUUAUUUUUCUUACUUAGUUUUUUUUAUUUAGAGAGUGAAGUGUUCCAUUAAGCAGUAUGUAACACUUAAAGAUAUCAUGUAUAGGUGACCAGUGCUGAGGUGGGAACGUCCUUGCGCUGUUUGUUGCUGACCCCUUUUUAAUGGUUGACUUAACAGUCUGAAUAUUGCAACACAUUUAAAUUAGUUUAUGCCAUACUUAUUAAAAUAACUUACUUCACAACUCUGUAUUUAAUACUUUUUUUUUCAUAUAAAAAGUACAUCUUGAAAGAACUAGAUAUGCAGUUGCAUUACCGAGUGCCAUUUUCCUAUUUCAUCACAUGUCCGGGAUUGAUCUGAUGUCUUUCAGGAGUUGUCACUGACAUUUAAAUGUGCCUAAUUAAAUUGUCCUAUCUAACUACUGCACCUCACAGACCCAAUACCGUUUUUAUUUUAUUUUUUAAUGUUUUGUCGAAUCAUGCCCCCUCCUAAUUGCAGUGCUAAUCUCUAAGGACACAGCUCCUCUCUGAAGGUUACAUCAGUCACAACCCUUUGAUUUAAAUGGUCAGUAAUACACUAAUAUAAAUUCCUUUCAUAUCAAAUACAGAGCCAAGUUCAUAUAUUAAUGUUAAAGUAAUGGAGUUCUCCUCUAGUGCUUUUUACUGAUUCAAGAAACUUUAGUUAUUUAGAGAAGCAGGUACUGUGUGUGUAAAUAACAGUUCUAUUUGUCCUAAAAGCUGUGUUCAAAUUGGCUGCCACGUGCUGUAAGCCAAUCAAAACACCUAGCGCUCAACAAGGAAUAUUAUAUGUAUUAUUUAGCAGUUUUUUUUAAUUCUAUACAAUUUACAGUAAAUAGAAAAUGUCAAUUUAUUUUUCUAUAUGUCUUUAAAGAAGGGACACUAUAGGCACCCAGACCGCCUCAUUUUUAAAUAUGUGAUCUGUGUACCAUAUCGCUGUCUAGUUAACCCUGCAACUGAAAACAUUGCUCUUCUAUAGAAAUGGCAAUGUGUACAUUGCAAGGUUAAUAUGCCUCUAGUGACUUCUUCCUGACAGCCACUGGAGGCGCUUCUGCCUCAAUAAUCAAGUAAAACUGAGCUAUUCAAUCAGGAAACAUUUGAUUGGCUGAGAUCAUCUACAGAGGCAGAGCAUGAUCGCGGAGGCUGGCAUGGCGUGGGCUAAAAGUAAAUAAUGCUCACCUCACAUGGGGGGAGGGCCUAAAUAGGUGUUAAUGGUGUCCGAAUGAUAUAGUGUUCCUUUAAAUUCAGUGUACAAGUACAAAAGUCAAGUUAAACUGACACUGUAGGUACCCAGAUCACUUCAGCUCAUUGAAGUGGUCUGGGUGCAGUGUCCCAUGUCUCUAAACCCUACAGUGGUAAUUAUUGCAGUUUCUGAGAAACUACAAUAAUAACCUCUGAGGGUUAACUCCUCCUCUAGUGGCUGUCUACCAGACAGCCACUUGAGUGAUUUCCGGUAUUGAAAUUGACCUUUUGUCCAUUAUCUGACGCUGGACGCCCUCAGAUUUUUCCACAUAGAAAAGAAUGCUUUUCUAUGGGGAAAUCCUAAUGCAAGCGCGGCCAUUGCCACACAUGAGCAUUAGGUCUCCUCCGCCGGCAGAUGUCGACGUGGGAGGAGCGUGGGCGGAGUCUGACCAAGUGCCAGGGGACAUCUGUGCUGUAUUCAGGUAAGUGGCUGAAGGAGGGGCGCGAGGAAGAGGGCCCCUGCAGAAUUCUACAGUGCCAGGAAAACUGCUUUGUUGUCCUGGCACUAUAGAAUCCCUUUACGCAAACUCAAUGUCUGUAUUUGCUUAAAGGGGAACUCCAUCCUGGAAGUGUCCUCCGAUUUGUAAUGCAUGAAAGUAGAUUAUUAUUUAAAGGCAUGAAACAAAUAUAUAAUUUUUCUAUGUUUCUGCUUUUGGUGCACCUUCUACAGACUUUACGUCAUCAGCCAUCAGCUCUGCUCACACCAGGGAGUAUGGUGGCCAGUCAAAAGCCAUUUAUUCUGGUAUAUGCAAUCUGAACUGUUGGACAGCUCUACAAAGAUUUAAUUGCUGAUUUGGCACUAGAUUAACACUCUUUGUCAAAAUUUUAAAACUGUGUAAGACAACUAGCAUACACAAAAGAGAUAAUUUGUAUCAGGUCUAAAUCUGUCCCAAACUCCCUGAGUGUAUGUGGUGUCUGACGAGCUCUAUGUGCACAACCAAGCCACAAUAAGAGGAGAGGUUUCUGCCUCUUGAAGUUCUGUUAUCAGCUUUCUACUUAUUUGGUUAAAAAUAUAUUCUUAUAAGCAUGCAAAAACUCCGGUAACUGUUUGACUUACAGCAUAUUGACAUUAGGUGUGUCUAACGUAUGAUUUAUUGCCAUUGUUAUUCCAUAUAAUUCUUGGUACUCUUUUAGUACAUAGUAGAGAUUGUCAUUUAUUUAUAUCUUGAAUUAGUGUAUCUUAGCCAUGUAUUCCUAUAUACUAAUUGAACAGAUUGGAGACUCAAUCUUGCUGGUUACAAGCACCUAUCUGAUUUUAGACUUCCAGUUUUUAAUUGUGUCCCCUGAAACAGAAUACAUUGUGAAGCAUUGUCAAAGGAAUUUCAUAUUUUCCCCAAAAAUAUAUCCGACUUGGAAAUACUCUCUCCAGCUCCAACCUCAUUUUUAAAUAAAAUUUAGAAAAAUAUUUUUCCCAUUAAAGUUAGAUGCCUAACUCAAAGUUGCAUACCUCAUUUCAAAUGAACUUAGUGUGACUAUAUCUUACCUGUGUCCGCCGAUCCCGCGCGGCACGGCAGUUUCCCCGGCUGCUUCCGGGGGGCGGCGCAGCCUCUCGGACGCUGCCCGCUCGCGGCAAAAUCCGUUUUAUGAUGCGGCGCAUGCGCGCCGACGUCAUAAUGAUUUUGCCGCGAAAAUUCAAACGCGGCCACGCUCCCGAACCUUUUGGGGGCGUGGCUUUAAAGUGACACACACACAUUAGUAUAAAAGGGCAUCCCUGUCCACCCCUCAGUGCCCUAGUGUGGUUCUUGAUUGUUCCCCUAGUGCUCUUAUACUGUUUUGCUGUUUUUCUGGUAUUUUGACCCUUGGCUUUCGUUCUGACUAUUCUCCCAUCUGGCUUCCCAACCUUUGGCUUGGCUUUCUCGUUUAUCCCGAUUUCCGUACUCCCUUGACCCUCGGCUUUUUCUUGACUAUUCUUUGACGUUAAGUCCGGCCACCCUAAGGUCCGGUAUACAUCCCUUCCUGUGGACGCUGGCGUCUUCUCACUGUGAAAAUCACAGUGAGAAGCACGCAAGCACCUCUAGCGGCUGUCAAUGAGACAGCCACUAGAGGCUGGAUUAACCCUUCUCUGAAACUGCUAUGUUUAUAGAAAAAAGGGUUAACCCUAGCUGGACCUGGCACCCAGACCACUUCAUUAAGCUGAAGUGGUCUGUAUGCCUAUAGUGGUCCUUUAAUCCUAUGUUUACCUCCUCUUUAAAAACUAUACACCUCAUAAAGUCCAAUAAUAAAUUUAACCCUGUACGUAAUAAUUCCAAGCAGCCCUUAUACUCUAACCCCGCUCAAGCUGUUAAUCUUUUUAGGAACAGUCCACUGCCCAGAUUAGAAAACAUAAAUCACUGCUUUGGAGAUACACCCCUAUGAAUACAUGCAUUGCAGUUUUGUGCAUUUAAUCAUUAGGGGUAAAUGUUAAAACAGUUUGCCAAACUUCGUUUGCAAGGCCUCCACUUUUUCCUUGGAGGAGACUUGGAAAAAUUCCUAGGUAAAUAAUGGCAAUCUCAAAUCUAAUUUUAUGAAUACUUCUCAACUUUAUAAAGGUAAAGAAGAAAUAUUAAAUGAAUUUGUCAUAAAUAAAAACACAAAUCUGUGUGGUUAAUCUGGCAACUCUACUAUAUUCUCAGAUUGAGACAUACACUCUUUAGUUAAAUAUGGCAUUAUCAGUAGGAAAUAAUCAACACACAUUCAUAUUUUUGUGAACACAGGCAGUUGUUUCAGAUAUUCAUUGUGACCUUAGGAGUUUCUUAUUCACUCAACAACGAACUGUGUUUUCAUGAAUGUGUUUGUUGCCAUGCAAUUUGAGCAGUUUUCCCACAGAGACAUUUCAGCCUAACACAAUAUUGUUGUAUUUAUGGAUCUAUUGCCGUAGAUGCUAUUUUCAACUAAUAUUGAAAAAUGUCUAACAUAAGGUAAUUGCUAUAAAAUUCAGAGGGAUUUUCCAUGUACAGCGAUAUUGUGUGAGUUUAUUUACAAUCAGUAGUUCUGUUGUCAUGAAGAUCUCUUAACAAUGUAUGAUUUACAGUCAUGGGAAAAAGAAAGUACACACCCUUUGAAUUCCAAGCUUUUACAUAUCAGGCCAUAAUAACAAUCAUCUCUUCCUUAGCAGGUCUUAAAAUUAGGUAAAUACAACCUCAGAUAAACAACAACACAUAUUACUGUGUCAUGAUUUAUCUAACAAAAAUGAUGUCAAAAUCGAGAAACAAUGUGUAUAAAACUAACUUUACUAUUCAGUAGCUUGUAGAACCACCUUCAGCAGCAAUAACUUGAAGUAAUCGUUUUCUGUAUAACUUUAUUAGUCUCUCACAUUGUUGUGGAGGAAUUGUGGCCCGCUCGUCUUUACAACGUUGCUUCAGUUCAUUGAGGUUUGCUGACAUUUGUUUAUGCACAGAUCUCUUAAGAUUCCACUUCAGUUAGGUUGAGGUCUGGACUUUGAUUCUUUUCUUUUUCAGCCAUUCUGUUGUAGAUUUGCUGGUGUGCUUGAGAUUGUUGUCCUGUUGCAUGACCCAAUUUCAGCCAAGCUUUACGUGUCGGACAGAUGGUCUCACAUUUAACUCUACUUUGGCAUACAGAGGUGAUCAUGGUCGACUCAGUGACCUCAGGGUCACCAAGUCCUGUGACUGCAAAACAAGCCAAAAUCAACAGCCCUCUACCACUUUGCUUGACAGGUGUUUGUGCUGAUAUGCUGUGUUUAGUUUUUGUUUAAACAUGGCACUGUGCAUUAUGGCCAAACAUCUCCACUUUGGUCUCAUCUGUCCAAAGGACAUUGUUCCAGAAGUCUUGUGGUUUGUUCAGAUGCAACUUUGCAAACCUAAGCUGUGCUGCCAUGUUCUUUUUAGAGAGAAGAGGCUUUCUACUGGCAACCCUUCCAAACAAACCAUACUUGUUCAGUCUUUUUUUAAUUGUACUGGCAUGUACUUUAACAUUUAAGAUGUUAAUUGAGGCCUGUAGAGUCUGAGAUGUAACUCUUGGAUUUUUUGCAAUUUCUCUGAACAUUGCAUGGUCUGACUUUUUUUGGGGGGGUGAAUUUGCUGCGAUUUACAUUCCUGGGAAAAUUGGCAACUGUCUUGAAUGUUUUCCACUUUUUAAUAAUCUUUCUCACUGUAGAAUGACGAACUUUAAAUUGUUUGGAAAUGGCCUUCCAAGUUUGAUUGGCAGCAGCAAUUGCUUCUCUAAGAUCAUUGCUGAUGUCUUUCUUCUUUGGAAUUAUGUGAACGCACACAUGAAUGCUCCAGACCAGCAAACUGCUGAAACUUUGGCUUUCAUAGAGGUGGCCACACUUGCUUAUGAUCAGUUAAUCAAGGGCAUUUGAUUAGCAGCACCUGUCUGCUACUAAGUGUCAUGGUUGCUGUUACCCUUACACACAGGAGAAAGGAUACCCACAAAGUGAGGGUCCAAAAGUUAUAUUACCAGGCCUUAGAGUGGACAGAUUUAAUGUAUUACAAGAGAGAAUCGAGGUCAGGAAUACAGAAAUACGGAUACACGAAAAACAAGCCAGGUCAGGAUAGCAGAAAUACACAGGUCAAUCUACAAGCCAGGUUAGGAUAGCAGAAAUAAACAGGUCAAUAUACAAGCCAGGUCAGGAUACCAAAGGAUAACAUAGUCAAAAUAAAGCCAAAGUUAAUAACAGGAAAUCACAAAAAAGUCAUAGGAGCACUAAAUGUAUUACUAAACAGAAACCACAAUAGGGCAAAUAGUAAAGACCUAAUUAGGCUUUAAAUAGGUUUACAUAUGUUCUCAUUGGUUCACGUCAUUUCUGCGGUUCCAAACAGCAUGGGGUUGCCUAAAUGACGUGGUCCCUUUAAGGGCAUGAAAUCAUAGUGUUCAAAUUUAUUUAAGGAUGCGCCCUUAGAGCUGGCAGUGUCUUAACAUCUGCAGGGGCCUAGUUUGGACCCCAAACCAGUAGAGGGAGCUUUUUGUGGGACCAAAGGUAAGUAUAUAUGCUAUUCAGGCCGUGCGACCACGUGAACAGUUUGGGCCACACUGUGCGCUCUGCCCAUGCAGUCUGUGGAGUAGAGCGGCACGGGCACCAGGUGCUGGUAAGUAUAUGACACUUAUCCUCUUGAUUCCUAUGGAAGCUGUAAGGGUGCACAUGGUUUUUCACACAUGGCUUCUUGAUUUUGGCUUUAUUUUUGUUAAAUCAUGACACGGUGUAAUAUUUUAUGUGUUGUUCAUCUGAGGUUGUAUAUACCUAAUUUUAAGACCUGCUAAGUGACAGAUGAUCGUUAUUAUGUCCUGAAAUGUAAAACGAUAGAAUUCAAAGAGGGUGUAAUUUAAUUUUCCUAUGACUGGAUAUCAAUUUGCUAAGUGAUUAGUACAAGGUAUCUUGUAUAGUAAUUGGAAAGAAAAUUUGUUUUGGUAACUAGUAUAUUUACUGAUAGUAACCAUUUGGUGCUUCUGAAAGAUGAACAUUGCAGAUGUUUUUUUUCUUUGCAUUUUUUAUUUUGUUUUCAUGUCUAACACACCUCAUAUUGAGAUGCUUUUGAUUGGGUAACUAAAAUUAUAGAUCAGGGUGGUGCAGUAGACAUUGCUUACCUAUAUUUCAGUAAGGCUUUUGACACUGUUGCACAUAGAAGGCUUAUCAAUAAAUUGCAAUCUUUAAGUUUGGAUUCCAAUAUUGUUGAAUGGGUAAGGCAGUGACUGAGUGACAGGCAACAGAGGGUUGUAGUUAAUGGAAUAUAUUCGAAGCUUGGACUUGUCACCAGUGGGGUACCUCAGGGAUCUGUACUUGGACCCAUUCUCUUUAAUAUUUUUAUUAGUGAUAUUGCAGAAGGUCUUGAUGGUAAGGUAUGUCUUUUUGCUGAUGAUACUAAGAUAUGUAACAGGGUUGAUGUAAAAACCCAAGGGCAGAGUACAGAAUAUUUGAUAGAGUCCUAACCUCAACAAUUGAGGAAAGGGAUUUAGGGGUGAUUAUUUCUGAUGACUUAAAGGUAGGCAGACAAUGUAAUAGAGCAACAGGAAAUGCUAGCAGAAUGCUUGGUUGUAUAGGGAGAGGUAUUCGCAGUAGAAAGAGGGAAGUGCUCAUGCCAUUGUACAGAACACUGGGGAGACCUCACUUGGAGUAUUGUACACAGUACUGGAGACCGUAUCUUCAGAAGGAUAUUUAUACCUUAGAGAGGGUUCAGAGAAGGGCUACUAAACUGGUUAAUGGAUUGCGGGAUAAAACUUACCAGGAAAGGUUAAAGGAUCGUAACAUGUAUAGCUUGGAGGAAAGACGAGACAGGAGGGAUAUGAUAGAAACAUUUAAAUAUAUAAAGGGAAACAACACAGUUAAGGAGGAGACUAUAUUUAAAAGAAGAAAAAGUACCACAACAAGAGGACAUAGUCUUAAAUUAGAGGGACAAAGGUUUAAAAAUAUCAGGAAGUAUUACUUUACUGAGUGGAUGCAUGGAAUAGCCUUCCAGCUGAAGUGGUAGAGGUUAACACAGUAAAGGAGUUUAAGCAUGCAUGGGAUAGGCAUAAGGCUAUCCUAACUAUAAGAUAAGACUAGGGACUAAUGAAAGUAUUUAGAAAAUUGGGCAGACUAGAUGGGCCGAAUGGUUCUUAUCUGCCGUCACAUUCUAUGUUUCUAUGUUGUCACUGCAACUAGUGGCUAUAGUUUGGGUAUAUCUUUAAAUGCCUGUGUUUACUAUUGCAUGGGUGACACUUUUAGUAUGUUAAUGUUGCGUUGCUAUAAAAGCCAUGACAAAACAGGAUGUUUAGGGUUAGGCAUUUGAUCUCAUGUAAGUGUUACAGUAUAGUAUCUUUGACCAAGUUUUGCACUCCAGAUACUUUGGAUACCUUUAUAAUUAACAGGCAGGCAGAGCAUUGUAAUUGCAGUAUACAGCAUCUGGUGUGCAUAGAAAUUACAUAUUGAGCACACCAUAUAGUGUGAUUGUAUCUGGCUAUCUGGGAAUGAGGAGCUUACAGUUCAUGAUGUUACACGAAACUCUUUAACAUCCUGCUGCAUCGUGAAGCAAGUGCACUGAAGAAGUCAAAGGCAGCUGCAAUGUUUUUGAGCUGUCCUUUGCCAGGUGUAGCCUGGAGCAUUACUCUAAAACUACUUUAAAGUGAUUCAAGACAAACCGUGCUGAAGGAUGAUGCAAUAAUGUGAACAUGGUGCCUUUUUUAUGCUAACAUUUGAAGCAUAUGGUUCCAAUGACACCACUAAAAGGACACUCUUUGCUUCAUCAAAAAACUGGAACCAGAUGUGCUUGGAACAUAUUGUGUUACAUCAUUGUGGUGACUUGGCCUCCUUAUUGAAGCAGCGUGGUCUGUAUUAAAGCACUAAGAAAGGGUGAGUUCCAACACGUAUUUAGCCCACUUAGGUCAUGUUUCAUGAGAUACAAUAAAACGCCUAGAGCUUUAAUUAUGGUAAGCAUUUAAUCAGGUUUACCAAGUAACGGUCAUACUUGAAUCUGUGUACUAAGGGCAGUUGGAAAACUACUGUUAACCAAUGGAUUUCAUACAGUUCCCUGUCAGCACUUUCUUAUAAUAUAAUUUUAUAAUGAACAAAUCCUCAUCAAAAUAUGUGGAUGUUAAAGAAACAUCCCGAGCACCAUAACCACUACAGCCCUCCCAUUUUAAGUAACCAAAGUGUUUUAGAACAAUUUGGCAACUUAGCUGAGUCCUGUCUAGAGUCCACUCUCUCUGCUGGUUGUGGGAAUGCAGGGUGCCUCUUCCCCGUACCCCUUGCCUGGUGUUUGUGUACCCUUUAUGUAUGUGUACAAUGCAGACCCUGAAACUGUCGUUUUAUCAAUACAAGGCCAGAUUCCCAACCAGAGAUUACAAUACCUUAGAUACCAUAUCCAUGAGUAACGAUUUUGAUUGAACCAGGGCCGUUAUGUGCGGAUGGCUUACCUUACCUACAGUGUCCAGAUUUAUCCUGAUUAGUAGACAUAACUGCAGCUUCAUUUGGGCUGUUUCUGUUUGAAGCAGAAUAAGCAUUGCCUAUGUACAUGGAUAUUUUUAAAUGUGGCGGUCCUGCCACCACAGAACUCUCUGAACCCAGGUACCUUAAUAGUUGUAUAAAUUGUAAAAGAAUCAACUCUGAGAAUUCUUUAGAUUGCAAUAUGAAAAAACACCAAAAAUCUAGACUAGGAAAAACAUGAAAGAAGCAUUGUAGAUAUGUUGCAAGUUGUGGGGGACAUGUUCUAUUGGUUAUUGCGUAGUUUUGAUUUCCAAAGGUAAAAAUAAAGCAUACCAAGCAUUGUCUAACGGAAUGAUAACUAAAACUGGUAUAUCUGUCUCAGUGCAUCUGUUGCAUUUCUAUUUUUAUUUUUUAUACAUUUGCAAAAAUGUCCAUUUCUAAACUUCAUCGGUGAAAGAUUUCUUUAAGAACCCAGUGUAAAUGUUUUAUCUUUGAUAAAUGACCGCUUGUUUUGUUCAUUUCUUAAAGCAAUGAGCAGCUCUAUGAGAGGAACUGCCGCACUACAAUGCACAAUAACAAUCACAGUAUGUUAUUUGGGGGAAGGGAACAGUCCUAAUGUUUGCAUGACAUCAGCCGAUAAGAAUGGAGUGAGGUCAGGCCUGGCAGACUGUUUGUUUUAUUGCUUUAUAUCUUUGCUGCAAGCACAUAGGCCUAGUUUACAGAGCAUGUAAGAUAAUGGUAACCUUUUCACUGCCAGAUAAGAAAAACCCUUCAUAAAAUAAAUUGUUUGAAACAUGUCCCCUGAGCUGCACUGCAUCCCUCACUCACAUGCCAUGCAGACUGGUCUGAAGAAUGUGUAUUGAGUGGGUUACAACUAUUCCCACAAGUAGGAGAUCUGUUUGUAAAUACUAGUCUCAUUCAUUAAAGUCUUAACUAGCAAGUAGUAUAUUAAUAGUUGCAUUGUUGUAUUUGACAUUUUUAGCUCACAAUUCUUAGAAAUAUUUCCAUCCUGCAUAUUUGUAAUAUAGGUCACCUUACUGUCUAAUACUGGGAUGUAAGGAACCAGGUUAUAUGCCAGGAAGGGGAAUUCAUUUUUAAUUUUUUUUUUUUUUUUUCAUUUGCACUAAUUUUUAAGCAAGCCUGCCAGUGGCACUGCCUUUUGUAGUUUAUCUGACUUGGUAGUAACUAUCCUAACCGUUUAGGACCCCAGAAGACUGAGCAGUUCUCAGAUUUAUCUUUGACAUUCACCGAGUAUUAAAUUAGAGUUAAAAUGCAUUUGAGUGUUGACGUGGUAGAAAGUAUAGUCAAUAAUCUUAUUCCUUUCACUUGUAAAGAAAUGCUUUAGUUGGAAGUUACUAUACCAUUUAUUUUAUACGACCACAUAGAGAACAAGUAUGUGAAUAAUAAUAUAAUACACUUUUAUUUGACUUCUUAUUCUUCAAUUCUGCAGGGCCAAGAUCCUUUUAUGUUGAGAGAAUCUAUUCACAUUUACCAGUCCAUUAUGAACUGGAAUUAUCAACAGCAGUAGGGAUGCUAGGACUUGCCAGCCUCUGUUAAAGAGAGUUUAAAGGGACACUCUAGACACUAUAACCACUGCAACUAAUUGAAGUAGUUGUGGUGUCUAAAACAGAACACUGGGACUGCACUAGGUGACUUCAGAUCCCAUAACCACUUUAGUGAAUGGAAGUAUUUAUGGUGCCUGAAGAGUUUCUUUAAAAAUUAAAGCCAUGGUUGACUUCCAUCUCAGGUUUUCUUCCAGCUUUAACAUUAAUCACUUUUUAUUAAACAUUUAGCUUAAAGCCAACCAACCGACUAAUUCCUGUAGGGUGUACUUUUAGGGUAGUGUUUCUCAACCAUUUACAGAGAAAUUCCCCUGCUUCGAGAAAGUAAUUUCUAUUGGUUUUAAUUACAAAUGAAACACACAUUGAGUAUAACAUAACUUAUUUUAUUUUACAAAAGACGUUAAGUCACUAAUUGCAAAAUGGAAGUGAUCUCACUGCCUCCAUAACAAGCUUUUUUUAACCUGAUUUAUGUCCCAAAGAAACUUCCAUCUUAGUCAAUGUUUUUGGUAAAAUAGUAAAAACAAAAUAAGAAUGAUUACAUCAACUUGACCUUCACCAGACCGCCAUGUAACAUAUGUAAAUAUAAUGCUUUUAUUCACUGUAAUACACAUACAUUUGCAGUUGAAAAUGCGAUUAUGUUACAAUUUAGGUAUAUAAUAUUAUCGUAAUAUUACAAUACAUCAAGGUUAAUCGCGGUUGCAGUUGUGGGUUGCUAAGUUUAAGAAUAACACAGCUAUAAAGGUGAAGUAUUAAUGUUGCUUCAAUGCAAGUUUUAGCAAUAGAACAAAGUGCGUAGCAUGCAAGUGGAUCUCAAGUAUACUUUACAUCUUGUGUCUUGUUCGUGUGCGAUACGCGACCUCAUUGAGCUAAUUUAGGAGGGGGAGUAAAAACAAUAUUAACUGUCAGGUUAUAGAGUGGUAAUUUGCUGUUGUAUGGAUGUGAAAACUGAUAGAAAAAGAGACUGGGGUGAUUUGUAUAUAUUAAUUCGUAUAUAUUAAUUUCUAACUUUCGACUAUUGUCAGGUGAGUUUUUUUUUUCUUUCUUUUUUGUCUUUUCCUUUGUGUUUUCUUCCCUUCUCCCCCCUUGUCCCUUUCUCUCUGUUAUUGUUGAUAACCUUUAUGUGUCGUGUAGUGUAUAGAGUAUAUAUGCUCACGUUGCCAUUACCAUAGUGGCAUAUUUUUCAGCAGGGUAACAUGGUUUAUAUAGGGUGUAGAUAAAAAAUAAGUUGCCCAUAUGUUGGUGUUUUAACUAGUCUGUUAAAAACACUCGGUCGUAACGAAAAGUGGUUUAUUAGUGAGCAUGCGUAAUGCUCUGAGGCCGCCGGCAAUGCCUCUGGGGCCUUGCUGUGGUGUUCAGUGGGUUUAACUGGGUGGCCUCGGUACUUACGGCUGGCUGUGUCACUGAGAUUUAUUCCUCCCAGAGCUUUAGGAAGGUGUGAACGUUUAGAUGCGACUGAUUAACAUUGCAAUAGUGGUUGGUAUGAGACUUGUCGGUCUCCUGGUGAUGGGGUAGUGGUGUGAAGUGACAUUAAGUAUGUUAUCAAUUAUUCUGUUGUGGGAUUUAUUGCGAUGGUGUGGUUGCUAGCAAAAUUGUAUGUCCUUGUUGUUGUAUCAGAGUGUGAUCUGAAUCUCGUGUACUUUCCCCUAAGUUGGGGUGUAUGCGGGUCCCUACUGUGGUGAACUGCGUCUUUAUUUCUCGUGGGUCUGUAAGAUGGGAGACACUACUGUCCCUGCGGCCCAGCAGUGUGAAUGUUUUCGUGUGUGUGCUAUUGUUGGUUGCUUGUGCUGUGGUUUCGAGCGAGUUUGGGAAGUUCUCUAUGUGUGGUACCUAAUGUAGCUAGUAGUUAAGAAGUGUGUGUGUGUCUCCGUUAAUUCCCUUAUCGCCUGUGUCAGACCUCCAUGUAAAUACUUACAUUUCAUUUUAAAUCAUUUCAUUUAACUGCAGUGCAGUUGUUUGCUAUUCUCCCACAUUCCCUCUUUGGCAGAAACGUGUUUGUAAAAGAAGCCUUGUUUUAAAUAAGGGAAAAUCAAACCAUAACCACAGGUUCCCUCCUACGCAGUGCUUCUUGGGGACAGCUUUCAGCUUCAGCCAAACACUUCCUUGUGGAUCAAACUGACUUGUACCUAAUAGCAAGUGAUACAAACCGAAUGGUUAUUCUUGCAUCAUAAAGAUGUCAAGCACAAACAUCCAUCUUUAAUCUUCGUAUCCCUGUUCACAAAGCGAAUCACAUUUUAUCUAAAUAUGCAGUAUUCAGUUUUAUAACAAGCAUAAUAUAUUCUUAUCAGGUCAAAGUAAUUUUUUUGAUUGAACCAGAAUUAGAAUGUAGUGUGAUAAAAGCCGAAUGUUAUUUUCUUGGCAAUGCAUUCAAACAUAAUCAACUUGCUAUUUUAAUAAUUGUUACAAAAUAGUAAACAUUAUUAAUUUAGAUGCUGGUAGUAAUGCAGUUUACAUUAACAUUUCUGAUUUCUAUUCAUUCAGUAAUAUAAUAUGUUCAUCACAUUCUCUCCUUCAUUAGGGCUCCUGAGUGGUCAGACAUCCCCGACCAAUGUGCGACUUGAGAGGCUGGACUCCCCACAGGUGCUGCAGCUGUGUGUACGAUACCAGGAUCACCUGCAUCAAUGCGCAGAAGCUGUAUCCUUCGACCAGAAUGCUCUGGUGAAACGUAUUAAAGAGGUUUGUCUGCUAGUUAUAAGAGACUUGGCUGUUCCUAAACAUCAUUUGUUAUCAUUCGUUAACAGAUUCUGCACAUCUGAACAACUGGGAGUGCUAGAAUGGGGGUAAUUUUUUUUCAAUGGGUUAAUUGUCUUAUUCAUGAUACCAGGAAGAAUGAUUAUCUGUCUACUUCCCUUGUGGAGUCUUUCAUAUAAGCGGUUUUAUCCUAAAUUGAUUUUUUUAUGCCAAAUGUAAUGUACCCAAUAUUUAAUCCAUAGAUUGGUAAACUGAUAUCAAAUAGACAGAAGGGGAUGUUUAUGGAUAAGGUACACCAUUGCCAUCAUCUCCAUUUGUGAUUUACGAACAGUCUGGUUUGUAUUCUACAUUUAUACAGUGGCACAUUAUACGUGUGUUACUCUCUACACAAAUCCAAUGAUCCCAAAAACAUUGUCGCAAAAUUAUAUUUGAUCUGUACCUUUAUUAACAAAAGUAUAGAUCAUGUGCCAUUCUUCUAGUUUACAUAAACCAGUAAAAUGUCAAAUUUGUACUGCUGUACAAUGGAUUUCAAAAUACUGUGGACAAUGUUCUCACUGUGAAUCACAAUCAAUAUUCCUAUCCUCUGAUUUGAGCAGGCAAGUAGCACAAGGGUAACCUUUUGAACUGACAGAGUAACUGUACUUGCCCCAUUGCCCAUCUGUGGGCGUUGAGUGAUCUGUGUAACACUGCUGCUUUUGAGGAGUGGACUUCAAAGUUGUGAUUUCAUCUGUAAGCAUUUUAAUUUUUACGGUACUGCAAAGUGUUACAUAGCACCAACUAUCAUCCAUAUCCACUUAGAAAGGCAGGCACUUAGGAAUGUGUUGUUAUAUGUCUUUCAUACUGUGAGAGAGUGGUAGAAGUCUAAAGGAUGUCAAAGGGGAAACAGAUUGGGGAAUUAUGACAACGAUAAAGAAAGGAAUAUGAUAGAGGAAGAGGUGGAGUUUAGAAAAACCUGUGUCCAGAAUAAUAAUUAGUGAAUUUAAGAUGCAAAAACACCAGACGUGAAGAGAAAAACUGUAUUAAAUAAGCAUAGGAACACCUAUUGGAGGUGGCAACCAUCAAACUGUGGUAAGAUGAAACUUUGCAGAACAGGGACUGCCCACUAUCUUUAUAUCCUGACUUUGUCCAGAGAACAUUUUAUAUACAUACCUGCAUUUGGCUCUUCAUUUCUCUAUGGAGGGAUUGAUGUUUAGAUCUGGUUAUGUGCUCAAUAAGGACCUCCCACUUUCUAUCCACAAUGGCAGAAGAAACAAGAGCUCAAGGACCAGUACAUGAAGAAACCGUGUGAAGAUAUAUGUAUUUCAUAAUACACUAAGAUAUUAAUACUGUAUUUAGAAAUGGAACUUAAGACCACAAGAAACGUGGUAGAACUGCGCUAGUAAAUAUCAUGGGUGCUCAGUAUCCAGCUGUCACCGUUUUACCUUUGUAAAUCAUACUCAUUGCAGAUGCAGGUUUCUGUGCUGAAAAUGUAUCUGAAUUGUGACCUCAACGUUUCUUCUAAUUAAUCUUUCUUUUUUCACUUGUAGAUGGAUGGUUCUGUAGAUACUCUGUACAGCUAUAUGCAAGAACGUCAGAAACGUUUUGCGAAGUAUGCAGAGCAGAUUCAAAAGGUGAAUGAAAUGUCUGCGAUCUUGCGACGCAUUCAAAUGGGCAUUGACCAAACAGUGCCACUAAUGGAAAAACUGAACGCCAUGUUGCCUGAGGGAGAGAGGCUGGAGCCCUUCUGCAUGAGUCCAGAGCGAGAGAACAAACCCUAACCCAUGUGUCAUUACUCCAGAGACUAUGUAAUCAGGGAAAAAACUGUCCCAUUUUUUACUUUCAAAGAUGGAAUUUCUUGAAGGAUUAGUUAAACUAGAUCUGUCUAUCCUGGUUCUGUCUCAUGGUUUUUUCCUUUGAGAUAUCCUGCAUUUGGUUUCAGCACCGAAUGAACUCAUGAAACCUGAAGCAGUUAUGUACACAUGUACUGGAUGAAAUUAUUUGCUAUUAUUUGCUCUUACCUUUCAAGUAUUUUUUUUUAUUUUUUUGGGGGAAUAACUGGAUUGGGUGAGUGAGUUCUCAUAAAAGAUGGACUUGAGUUUAAAAUUCCAACCUCCCUGUUUUUCUUUGGAAAUGUACAUAGAAUUGGUAUUAUUUUAUCAAGUUAAACAUAAGUUAAGCCUGCAUUUUAAUGACAAUUUAAUUCAUGGUAGAUAUUCAAAGGAUGUGUUUAGAAGAGAAUAAAGUAAAAUGAAACUGCUAUAAACCCAGCAUGUUUUCCAUAUAUGAUUCUACAAUUCUGACUUUUUUUGUAUCAAAGUAAGAAAACCAAUAUCUCUUAACUUUUCUGAAUCUUAUAGAAUAAAUAUAUAGUGUAUAGAGUAAAUAUAAUUAAAGGGAAACUACUGCACCAUGAAAAAAAAUCUGUUUGGGGGGGCGGAUCCUGACAGUCAUGCGGCUCAGACGUGUUGUGCACGAGUUCUUGAGUUUUUGGCUGUUUUGGUGAUGUUUAACCCGGCCAACAAGCCACUAUGCCUGUCAACUGUGUACCAUAUGAGUUGGGGAUCUCUGAACGAGCAUUUAGAGCUGUCAAUCGGCUCAAAACUCCACCAGGCUGCGGCCUGCUGGGGACGGAGCCGGAGAGAGGCGACCGGUCCUCCUGCUAUUCAUCUCACAGUGUGGUCCCACAACACUCCUACCCUAACCCCCUCUGGACCGGUGGGGGUCAUCCCGGUCCUUACUGACAGCCAGCUGAGCUUGUAUGGUGGCACAUACCACCUGCCUCCCUCUGUAUCCAGGUUGCUCGUUGCCUGACAUGAACCUUGAAAAUGGCAGACACACUUCAAGCUGCUUCACGGGGCCUUGGCACAUCAUGGCAGCCACCUCACAGUGCUGUCACACAUACCAUGCAGCAUUUGGACUGAAUAUUCUAGGCCUUCUGGCACAAGCUACAGAAAUGUAUAAAAGCCUCCCUACCUAAGCCAAAGGAGGAAAGGCAGAGAUACACCCUGCCGGAGAAGAGAGUACUCUCUCUGGGUAAAACGACUCCACAAGCGACAACCUACCCUGCAAUUGCCCUACCUGGGUCGAGACCAUUGCGUGGUUCCGCCUCAUCGUACCAACCAUGCAAGCCGAAGAUUUCCCGCAGACUGCGGACAUUAACACCUAGAUCAUCCGACUACCCCAAACGGGAAAGACUUGGUACCAAAGAGUCUCCAAGUCUGUGGGAUACGGGUGGCUUUCUCAACGGCUCGGGCUGGAGGGAAGCCAAGCUUGGGCGAACCGGUGCGGUCCGCAGGCUUUCUCCUCGUUGUGCACCAACCCUGCCACCUAUAGGGAUCGGCUGAUGGGCGCGACGGGCCCACAGAAUGUGAAAGGCUAGAUUGAAUGCUGGCAGACACCAUCUGCCCUUUGCAAUAUUCAACAAGCAACUGGGGGGUGGGAGGGGGGGCAUGAGGAGCAGAGUUCAGUGGUUAAGCUCUUGAGUUACACUAGCUAGCCUUGCCUUUCAUCAGAUGCUACCCCUGUAACCAGUACUUCUGAUCCAAGCUAAGUCCAGCAACUCAUGUUAAACUCAUACUGUUCAGUAUAGAUAUUUUCUUCUCCUACAUAAUGUGAAGUAAUAGAGAUACAGUGAGAAAAUGUGUGUGGUAGCUAAAACAGCCACAAGCCACCUAAGUGGAAACCCCUUCUACCACUUAUAUAGAAAUACAAAUAAUACAUACAAUAGGUGGAACACACAUAUAUAUAUAUAUAUAUAUAUAUAUAUAACAACCUUGUGACAAUAUUAAAAAUAGAUUUAUCUACAGUGGAACGCAUAGAUUCGGCACUAUGCGUUCCAGUGACGUCAUUAGUGCGUCCCGGGAAUUGAAACCGGAAGUGACGCACACAAAACCGACGGCGGAACGUCAUUGGUGCGCCUCGAAAUCAGAAACCGGAAGUGACGCGCAUGAAGCCAGCGGUGGAACGCAUGAUGCGUUCCACACACAGAAAACCCGGAAGUAAAAGAGAUUUACAGCAUAUAAAGACGCCAAGAGGCUCUUACCUACAAUAUUAACUGAUACCAACUGAGAAAGCCCCCACCAUAGGGCAAAACGCGUUUUGGACGUAUACAGUCUACACCUUGAACUUUUAUUUGGACAAUACUGUCUAUUAUAGACUUUUUUUUUAUAUUUUGCAUUUUUACUGGGAAAAUCUAUUUCCACUUUAUCCAAUACCUAUUUUCAUCAAUAAUAAAGUUUCCUUAUUGGAAAAACAUAUUGGAAUACUGCGAUUUUCUACUGCUACUUACCAACUACCCAAGAAGGAAUAUCAAGAAGGAUGGGGACAUCCUAUUAAGAGUCCCACUGCGCUGCACAUAAGACAUGUCAUACUGGCUCUAGGCUUGUGAGUAAUACUGCUCUACUGCCAUUUACUAUAUUCUAUAUUGACAUAUUACACUAUGAUGCUUUGUUCUCUUUUUUAGAAUCAACAGAUGUGUCUUCUCGUACAUACACUAUAAAAAUGUGCUGAUCUAUAUGUACACCUAUUAUCUCUGACUAAUUAUGUGUUAUCUUAUUGUAUAUUGUGUAAUUUUGUUUUUAACCUGCACAACAAAAGUAAAAAAAAAAAUAAUCUGUUUAGUAUAUAUAACACCAGUCAAAACAUGUAGGCUGAAGUGCUUUAUUGUUCUGGAGUGUUCUUUUUAGUUUGGCUAUUAAUUUUGC